GAGGGGACUACGGUUCCCGGCAUGCUCUUCGGCCGGCUGCCCAUGACUUCAUUGGGGACAGAAUGAGGAGGGCACCAUAGGGAGACUACAUAUCCCAGCGUGCUUUGCGGGGGGGAGAGGCCUAGGCCGGGAAAGGGGCCGGUCCUCUGCAAAUAACAGCCGGGUGAAGCAUGAAGCUGGUGAGUUGGGGAGGCUGGUGGGGAGGCGGGGGACCGGCAUGAGGGGGACACACACGCGCCCUGCAGCCCUGCGAGGUAGACCUCGGCUCCCCUGAGGGUGGGGGGAUUUAAUCUGGAGGCUAUUAUUAUUCAUAUAUAGAAGAAAGAGCCUCAUUUCUUCCUUGGAGGCCACCUGACAGGGAUGCUAUGGCUGAGAAUCUUGCAGCUUUCCUAUAAAGAAGGGGGAAUCCCUGGAUUUAUGAUUUAUUAUGAAAUCACCAUUUUAGUGUCUGUCGCAUAUUGUUCUUGUCAUGUGUGAAUACGGAUGGUCAUAAAUUCAAACGCAAGUAUUUCAUGCAAAGCACGAGCAGCUUGUGGAACUCCCUGCUACAAGAUGGCAUUAAAGCAGAAAUGCGGCCCCUCCUGAUGUUGACUUCCCAACUCCCAUCGUCCACAGCCAGUGCUGGCAAUGGCCAGGGAUUAUGGGAAUUGCAGUCUCCCAAAAUCUGGAGAUCCACAUUUUCCCCAUUCCCUGCUUUAAGGGAAGGUUAGGCAGAUUUGUAAAGGACAACAGGACCAGUGGUACAUCUGCAGAGGGGAAAUCACAAUACAGUGGUACCUCGGGUUACAGACGCUUCAGGUUACGGAUGCUUCAGGUUACAGACUCCGCUAACCGAGAAAUAGUACCUCGGGUUAAGAACUUUGCUUCAGGAUGAGGACAGAAAUCGCACAGCAGUGGUGUGGCAGCAGCGGGAGGCCCCAUUAGCUAAAGUGGUGCUUCAGGUUAAGAACAGUUUCAGGUUAAGAACGGACCUCCGGAACGAAUUAAGUACUUAACCUGAGGUACCACUGUAUCUCAGUGGAACCUCCACAUUGGGAGCAGUCUACCUCCGAGAAUUGGGUGUUGGAGACAAGCAGUAGGAGAGCAGUUGGCCAUCUGUCCUCCUUGAGGGCUUUCCAGAAGAGUCUGGCUGGCCGCUAUUAGGAGAGGUUGCUAGGCUAGAUGGACCCUGACUUAGUGAUGUGAGGUGAGAAUAUUCUGCAGAGAAUAGUCUCAAGAAUGAGAAUAUUCUCUCUCUUUUUUUAAAAAAAAAGAUAUUUAUUGAAGUUUCACAUAAAAAGAGACAUCUUAAUAAGAGGGGAAAAAAAUUAAAAAUAAAAAGAGAAAUACACCAUACAAAAUACAAAAGAAAAAGAAAGAAAAAACAGUUAAAAACAGUUCCAUCUUUUCAUCAUAACUUUUACAUUAACUUAUUUCCCGGACCUCCUCAUACCACCCUCUUUUGUAUUCCAAUUCAAUUUGUUUGUCCAGCAAUUCCUUUCCCUCCUUUUUAAUCCCAAUCCUUAAUCUUAAUAUAAUAUAACAUUAAAUUUUAACCUAUUAAAAGCCAAUUUUCCAUUUCUUUUAACUUUUUUAAUCCUAAUCCUUAAUCUUGAUCUAUAUAUUAACUUUAAAGCCUGUACAGCUAGAAGCCACUUCAUUUCAAUCCAACAUCACUCUAACAUUCUUUAAUUUUGCAAUAUUUCCGUAAGUAAUCUUUGAAUUUCUUCCAAUCUUCUUCCACCGACUCUUCUCCCUGGUCACGGAUUCUGCCAGUCAUUUCCGCCAAUUAAGAAUGAGAAUAUUCUCGAGAAUAUUCUCUGCUAGAAAAUUCUCCGGAGAAUAUUCUGCACAAACUGUAAAUUCUAAUGUAAGAACCAGUUUUACAAACCACAUUUUAAAAAUCUGGUAAAUAAUAAGUCAAGCUGUGAUAUUACCAGUGCAAGUAAUGAAUAAUGAUUUAUUUACUUAUUAAUCCAGUUACCUUACUGGGCAUUCUGUCAUCCACCACUGGCAGUUCUGAAAAGUGAGCUACAGAAAAGUUAUUAUUUAUUUUUUAGUUUUAAAAAUGCUAUUUAUUUAAUUUGAUGAACAUUUGAAUUCAUAUGUAUUUCAAUUAUAUGUAAUAGUCUUUUUUCUAUUUUGGUGUGACCUUAUUCUUAGCAGUUCUAUACCCUUGGCCAUACAGUGUAGUUUUGUUUUUUUUACAGAAAGUAGCUUUAAUAUGGUUAGUGGCAGACUUAGUGAUUAACAUGAGUCAUUCAUGUUGAAGUUUUGAUUUCAAGUUUGGUGCAAAAAAUCAAAGAAUGUGAAUUUACUUCAUUGCCCCAUUGAAUAAAAGUAUCUAAACAGUUUUUGGUUGCCAUCUGAACAAGUUUACCCAUGAAUAAACAUGUAUAUUAACUAAUUAUAUCAUUUUCAAUGCGUUAAAAUUAUAUCAUUUUCAAUGCAUUAAAAUGAAUAUUCUCCUAUUUUAAAUGAAAAUUCUCUAAUAUUCUCAUUAAUCGAAAAUAUUCUCAGUAAUAUUCUCCAAAAGGUUAUUCUCGAGAAUUUAACAUCACUACCCUGACUUUGAUCCUGGAAGAUGCAUCUUUUUAUUUAAGCCAUUGCAGGAGACAUUGGGGAAGAGAGCUAUUUUAAAAUCGCAUGUACUUUCUCACUUUAAGUAAAGCUAAUUUAAUUCUCACAUGUGAAAACACCUUGCCUCUCCACCAGAAACAAACCAGAUGAACAGCCAUUGCUUCCACAAGGAACCCGCGGUGUAAUAAUACAUACUCAUAGUCCAAAAUCCAACAGAGAACUUCACAUCUGAGGGUUCCUUACAGCAUAGAUUUAACGUUGAAAGACACCCCUGAUCUUAUAUCAUAGCAUUUGUGCUGAUUAUUAUUAUGCUGGGAUAGCUCAGUCAGUAGAGCAUGAGUCUCAUAAGGUUGGGGUUGUGGGUUCGAAAGAUUCCUGCAUUGCAUUUCCAACCCCUACAAUUCUGUGAUACUAUCAUGAUCAUUAAAAUGCUUUAAAAUGUCUAGGGGCUUUGCAAAAAGUAAACUGCAGCACAAAUCAUUCCCCACGGGUUUACAAUCUUAAACACACAGGAGGAGGAGGAGAGAGGGUUUUCUCCCCCGCCCCUUUCAUAAUAUUUGAACCCCUCAAGUCUGGGGGGAACCCUGGGCAAUUUAAUUGCAAGAGAGUCAGGAUAGCAUCUGGAGGUUCCUCAUCCCUGGUGUGAAUUUUACUCUCUAUUUAAUGGCCGCAACAGAUUUGCAAAGGAGUAAGCCCUAUCAAGACGGGGGUGGUGCUGUGGGUUAAACCACAGAGCCUAGGGCUCGCCUAUCGGAAGGUUGGCGGUUCGAAUCCCCGCGACGGGGUGAGCUCCCGUUGCUCGGUCCCUGCUCCUGCCAACCUAGCAGUUUGAAUGCACGUCAAAGUGCAAGUGGAUAAAUAGGUACCACUCCGGCAGGAAGGGAAACGGCGUUUCCGUGCACUGCUCUGGUUCUCCAGAAGCGGCUUAGUCAUGCUGGCCACAUGUACGCUGGCUCCCUCGGCCAAUAAAGCCAGAUGAGCGCCGCAACCCCAGAGUCGACCACGACUGGACCUAACGGUCAGGGGUCCCUUUACCUUUCAUAGAAUCAUAGAAUCAUAGAGUUGGAAGAGACCACAAGGGCCAUCGAGUCCAACCCCCUGCCAAGCAGGAAACACCAUCAGGGCACUCCUGACAUAUGGUUGUCAAGCCUCUGCUUAAAGACCUCCAAAGAAGGAGACUCCACCACACUCCUUGGCAGCAAAUUCCACUGGCGAACAGCUCUUACUGUCAGGAGGUUCUUCCUAAUGUUUAGGUGGAAUUUUCUUUCUUGUAGUUUGGAUCCAUUGCUCCGUGUCCGCUUCUCUGGAGCAGCAGAAAACAACCUUUCUCCCUCCUCUAUGUGACAUCCUUUUAUAUAUUUGAACAUGGCUAUCAUAUCACCCCUUAACCUCCUCUUCUCCAGGCUAAACAUGCCCAGCUCCCUUAGCCGUUCCUCAUAAGGCAUCGUUUCCAGGCCUUUGACCAUUUUGGUUGCCCUCCUCUGGACACGUUCCAGUUUGUCAAUGUCCUUCUUGAACUGUGGUGCCCAGAACUGGACACAGUACUCCAGAGGGCUGACCCGAGCAGAAUACAGUGGCACUAUUACUUCCCUUGAUCUAGAUGCUAUACUCCUAUUGAUGCAGCCCAGAAUUGCAUUGGCUUUUUAGCUGCCGCGUCACACUGUUGGCUCAUGUCAAGUUUGUGGUCAACCAAGACUCCUAGAUCCUUUUCACAUGUACUGCUCUCAAGCCAGGUGUCCCCAUCUUGUAUUGGUGCCUCUCCUUUUUUUGCCCAAGUGCAAUACUUUACAUUUCUCCCUGUUAAAAUUCAUCUUGUUUGUUUUGGCCCAGUUCUCUAAUCUGUCAAGGUCGUUUUGAAGUGUGAUCCUGUCCUCUGGGGUGUUAGCCACCCCUCCCAGUUUGGUGUCAUCUGCAAAUUUGAUCAGGAUGCCCUUGAGUCCAUCAUCCAAGUCGUUGAUAAAGAUGUUUUACCUUUACCUUUUAAACCGUAUCAAACAUGGUGAGGUUUAUUUCAGAGUAAGCAGGCAUAGGAUGAUGUGUGAAUUGUGUGUAGUUUGUGUCAUGUCCCUCUUUCCUAUUAUUUCUCUCUGUGUGUGAUUAUUGUGUAUUUCUGCUAUAUGGUCGUUCAUAAAUGCCGUAUGUAAUUCUUGUUUUAAAUCGAAAGUCCAAACCAUAGAACUUGAGAAAAUGAAACGAUUUUUUUUUGUUUUAAAAAAUGUGUGUUCUACCCAGUAUAGAAUGUUUGCUGCCUUAUCCUGGAGUGAUUUCACAAGCAAGUGGCUUAGGGCUUGUUGCCAUCAUUCUCUUUGCCUUGACUCCCACCGUGUUUGCAUUUUGAUUUUUCUCCCUCGCGCACAAAUGCACCCAUGUUUGCAUAUUCUGAUUUCAUACGUUUGGUAUUAUUUGAGUCUCAAAGAGCUCUCUGGUAACGUACUUAAGGGAAUAAGCCAGCCUUCUUUGCUUUGGACUUGGCACGGUCAGCGAUCGAGAUCUCCUCCCAUAUUGAGAGUUCCCUCUUUUCCAUCUUGGGCGAUGGGUAAUGCUUUUCCGCUUAGCGUCAACCUAUGUUCCCAUCAAUACCUCUUAAGUGGUUGCAUGAACCUGCCUCUUCUGCAAGGUUGUCCCCAGGCAUCUGACUGCCCAAACACUUGGUCUUAUUUCCUGCCCUCUUCUGCCAACCAAGACUUUUGGCGAUAGACCCGAGAACGAUAUAUCUUGCACUCCAGCUGUUUCUGCUAGUACGUAGUUUCUGGUGAUCCUGCUCUUUGCAAAAGGGUUCUUUUUCUUUGCAAAGAUCUAGUGGCUCAGUUUGUUCAGACCAUGUUGUGAAAUUGAGCUCUGCUCCUUCUGCUAUUAUUAUUAUUUAUCAUUUAUACCUCGCUCAUCCGGCUGGAUUUUCCCAGCCACUCUGGGCAGCUCCCAACUGAAUUACCGGUAAAAGCACAAUUAGAAGUACUUUGCCCCUCUUUUUGGCACCCCUCUUAGAUUUUCCAGGGACACGGAUGGCGCUGUGGUCUAAACCACAGAGCCUAGGGCUUGCCGAUCAGAAGGUCGGCGGUUCGAAUCCCCGCAACGGGGUGAGCUCCUGUUACUCAGUCCCUGCUCCUGCCAACCUAGCAGUUCGAAAGCACGUCAAAGUGCAAGUAGGGAAGGUAAACAGCAUUUCUGUGCUCUGCUUAGUCAUGCUGGCCACAUGACCUGGAAGCUGUACGCCGGCUCCCUCGGCCAAUAAAGCGAGAUGAGCGCCGCAACCCCAGAGUCGUCUGUGACUGGACCUAACGGUCAGGGUUCCCUUUAGAUUUUCCAAGUCAUGAGGCUGCCGUGAUAGGAGAAGCCACAACUCUUAGGGUCUAGACAAGGGAUGGGUGCUAUGCCUCAGUCAGGGGUCUCCUCAUCAGAGGAGGACCAGGAGCCCCUGACCUUACACCAAUCUCUGGGUAAUGUUGUAUCUGGAGUGAGGUACCAGGAUCCUUCAGUGAAGUUGAGUCCAGCAUCUGACAUUGAGGUCCUAAGCCCAAGCGAAAGGCAGUAUCCUAAACACCAGAUCAAAUCCUUUCCCAUCUGGAGAAGUGUCCCAUCCAAACAGACAACAUCCCCGUCCCUCACAAAAUCUGGACUGAAAAGAGCUCCACCCACUAAGUUGCUGAACAUUUUCAGCCAUCACUGCAGCUUAGCCAAUCAGUGAUAGGCGCAUCAUUGCCACACAUGUAAUAGAAUAUAGACUAAUAAAUCUGAGCAGCAUUUCUGUCGUGUGUGACUAGCCCUUUCUAUUAAUACUUUUCAUGAGAUGGAAUUACUAGGAAGUUUCUAAUAAUAAAUGUGAAAAUGUUCCAUUAUUAAAUCACUUCUGUCGCCAUGGUUGAUCAGACUAACAUUUGUGAUGCCCCCGCCUGGGCGGCUCGCAACAGAGUAUUAAAAGCACAAUAAAACGUCAGACAUUAAAAACUUCCCUAAACAGGGUUGCCUUCAGGUGUUUCCUAAAAGUCAGAUAGUUGUUUAUUUCCUUGACAUCUGAUGGGAGGGCGUUUCACAGGGCGAGUGCCACCACCAAGAAGGCUCUCUGCCUGGUUCCCUGUAACCUCACUUUUCGUAGGGAGGGAACCGCCAAAAGGCCCACAGAGCUGGACCUCAGUGUCUGGGCAGAACGAUGGGGGUGGAGACGCUCCUUCAGGUAUACUGGGCCGAGGCCGUUUAGGGGUUUCAAGGUCAGCACCAACACUUUGAAUUGUGCUCAGAAACGUAAAGAGUUAAAGGUAAAGGACCCCUGACAGGUCCAGUCGCGAACGACUCUGGUGUUGCGGCACUCAUCUCGCUUUACUGGCCGAGGGAACUGAUGUUUGUCCGCAGCCAGUUUUUCUGGGUCAAGUGGCCAGCAUGACUAAGCCACUUCUGGCGAAACCAGAAAUUUUGCUCAGUGAAUAAGUAAAUUUUGCUCAGUGAAUAAGUGUCAAAGAGAAUGGGGAGCAGGUCAUGCUAACCUUGAACCAUUAUGAGAUUAUUUAAAAUAUGGCAAGGAUUCUUGGGCAGCAGACUGGUUGGCAAAGCUUCUUCCUCCCUUCCAGGCCUGUGAAUUCCUUUUGCUUUUAUUGGUCAUUUAUUGGAUCCCAUCUCAUUCCCUUAGUACUGCCUGUCCGGACACCCAACGCUACCAUGCAACGUCCUCAAAUUCAAAUCGACCACCAUUAUGCUCGACUGUGGGCUGGAUAUGACCUCGACGCUCAACUUUCUGCCCCUGCCUUUGGUCCAGAGGUAUGUCCCGAGGCUCCUUGCACACUUUCCGGUUCUGCUUUCCGCUUCGUAAGCUAGAUUUUGGGGAGGGAGAAGUUUAGGGGGUGAGGGCAUUCUUUCUGGGAGGAAAGCCCAGAGCUGACUUGCCUGGGAAAGGAGGCUUUUUUUUUCAAAUGAGCACGCAGCAUCGCCCGAUAGCAUAAAUAGACUUAGUCCACUUAAAAAUUCCCUUUAUCAAAAUAACGUCCUUUGGCUCAGUAGAUGGAAAACGGUUUAUGGAUUUAUCGAUUCGGUUUUCCAGAUAAUUUAUUCUAAGCUUCAGUAAAGUAUUGCGGCAGCGGCUCAGCGCAAGUGAGGUCACAGAUCUGUCAUCUUUUCUGGCUUCUUCAGGCAAGGAGAGAUAAAUGGGAGGCAGGAGGAAAGUGCAAGCUUGCCAGGCGUAUAUCUCCCCCUCCCAGACACACACACACAGCAGCCCACCCCACAAAUUAAAAAGUAGAUAUGUUACAGGAUCUUCAACAUAAUCAGAAAAGGAAGUGGGUCUCCCAAUGGGUCCCUCUUCCUAUGCGCUGGGAAGUCCUUGCCACAGCUCAAACGAAGCAACUGAGAUGGCUGUCACGGGACGGCAAGAGGGCAGAGGCGCUCCUGGCUUCGCAUUUCUCUGCCUUAUCUCUGCUCCCAGGUAGGAGCUAGUUUGCAAGGAGAGUCUCCCUUGAUUAGACGCCGGCUGGCAAAGGGGCUGACUGCUGCCCAGUCUACCAGGGGGCGGGAUGCAACACUUGCCCCGUCACGGGCAGCGGCAACCCAUGUUACGCCUCCGGACUACAUGGGCCGUUGGCCUGAUCCAACAGAGCUCUUCUUAUGUGCUAAGCAUGUCCCUUCAGACCAUGCAUGCCCUGACCUUCGUACCGUACAAGCAGAUUGCUCCCACGUGGAGAGCUGCCUGUACAGAUUCCUAGCUUCCUUUUUGUGAUCGUAAGUUGUUUUAAACUGUUUUUAACUGUAACCUAUGGGGACGCAGGUGGCGCUGUGGAUUAAACCACAGAGCCUAGGACUUGCCGAUCAGAAGGUCGGCGGUUCGAAUCCCCGCGACGGGGUGAGCUCUCCUUGCUCGGCCCCAGCUCCUGCCCACUUAGCAGUUCAAAAGCACGUCAAAGUGCAAGUAGAUAAUUAGGUACCGAUGGUUUUUGUGUUGCUGGUUUUUGUGUUGAAUAUAUCCUAUACAGUUAUUUAUAAAGCCAUUUGUACAUAUUACCAUGCAACCAGUCCAUCCAGAAUGUAGGCACCCUAUAUACAGAAAGGAGCAAACCAGUGAUAUUUUAGAGAGCAGGCUAGCAGGCAGGGCCCAUGACUUACAUCAGGGGUCAGCAAACUUUUUCAGCAAGGGGCCGGUCCACUGUCCCUCAGAGCUUGUGGAAGGCCGGACUAAUUUUGGGGGGCGGGCAGGAAUGAAUGAAUUCCUAUGCUCCACAAACAACCCAGAGAUGCAUUUUAAAUAAAAGCACACAUUCUACUCAUGUAAAAACACGCUGAUUCCUGGACCGUCUGCGGACCAGAUUUAGAAGGCGAUUGAGCCAUAUCUGGCCCCCCGGGCUGGUGGCGCUGUGGGUUAAACCACAGAGCCUAGGGCUUGCCGAUCAGAAAGCCGGCGGUUCAAAUCCCCGCGACAGGUUGAGCUCCUGUUGAUCGGUCCCUGCUCCUGCCCAGCUAGCAGUUCAAAAGCACGUCAAAGUGCAAGUAGAUAAAUAGGUACCGCUCUGGCGUUUCCAUGCGCUGCUCUGGUUCGCCAGAAGCUGCUUAGUCCUGCUAGCCACAUGACCCGGAAGCUGUACGCCGGCUCCCUCGGCCAGUAAAAUGAGAUGAGCGCCGCAACCCCAGAGUCAUCCGCGACUGGACCUAAUGGUCAGGGGUCCCUUUACCUAACUGUAACCUGCCCUGAGACCUUAGGGUAAAGGGUGGGUGAUUAAUAAUAACAGAUAAUAGUAAUUAAUACAAAUAAUAAUUAAUAGUAGUAGAUGAGAUUGCACCAUCACCAGAACUAAUUUUCCAAGGAACGUGGCUUUACUUUCGUAAGCAGCCUGUAUGUGGUUCUGGGAAGCAGGUUGAACAAUCAAAGCUUCUCCUGUAACAGAAUCCGACUGCAGAGAUGCUGAAAUCCAGUCGCAUGGAGGCCGUUAACCUUUCCUGUCUGGAGGAGCGUCACAUUUGCUUGUUUUAUUUAUGUGUCGUGUCGAGCUAUUUAGGAUUAAUCAAUCACUUCAUUACACUGUCAGGAGCCCGUCGGCGGGAGUUGCUUUAUUUGGGAGGCUUCUGGGAAGAGAGCCUCAAUAUCGCGGGAGACGUUGAUCGUCCCCCCUCCCCCUCCCCUCUUGCAUAUUGCAUCAUCGAAAGGGAACAUCUUGUGCUUAUCGGGGAGGAGCGUAAAGUUCCUGGGCAAGCUGCUCACCUCUUCAUCGUCUCUCUUUAAAGAGUACAGUGAGGGGGGGGGAGUAUUUGCCCGUUUGCCCCCUGACAAAGAAAUGACCAGUCCAUAAUUUUAAUGGUAGGUUUACUGUAGCUGUGAGAGACAGAAUAAUAACAGGAAAACAGGAGCUGAAGGUUCGAGUAGCUGCACAUCAGCCUUGAAAUCUUACUGACUUGGAGAGGAUCUGCAAAGAGGAGUGGGACAAAACACCUCCUGAGAUGUGUGCAAACCUGGUGGCCACCUACAAGAAACGUCUGACCUCUGUAAUUACCAACAAGGGUUUUGCCACCAAGUACUAAGUCACCUUUUGCAAAGGGAUCAAACACUUAUUUCACUCAUUAUACUGCACAUCAAUCUCUGACUUUUGUCUUCUGGGUUUCUGGGGGUUUUCCUGUUGUUAUUCUGUCUCUCACAGUUACAAUAAACCUACCAUUAAAAUUAUGGACUGGUCAUUUCUUCGUUGGAGAGCAAACGGGCAAAUUUAGCAGGGGAUCAAAUAACUUCCCCCCCCUCACUGUAUGUGUUUAUUCCAGGUAUGAGGAAACCUGUGUCCCCCCCCCCCCCAGAUGUUCCUGGUACCCCUUUUCUGCCACAAAGACUCGUGGUGUCCUGGCAUGGUGGCUGUGAUGGAGGAGGUAGUCUCAAUGGUACAGAGCCUUGCUCUGCUCCUUCUCAACUCCUUGCAUAGAUCAUAGAGUUAGAAGGGACCCUAGAGGUCAUUUAGUACAACCCCUUUUGAUGCAGGAAUCUCAGCUAUUUUUUUAAAUAACUUUUUAUUCAAGAUUAAAACAAAACAUAUUAUCCAGAAAUAUAUCAUCCUUAUUCCCCCCCAUUUUUCCUCCCUCCCCCUCCCUCCCCCCACAGAACCCACCCACCCCCACCCCCCGACUUCCCUCAGUUCCAGUCUUUGAUUUCUCUAAAAAUGCUGUUUUCUGCAUGUUACACAGUUGUAUAGAUCCUCAAACUAUUUAGCUGAUUAUUAUCAAUAAAAAGUUUGUGAAUGUUUAUUCAAAACCAGCCAGGGAGUCCAGUUCGCUUUGUUGCGUCUUCAAAUAUAUUGUAAAGGUUUCCCAUUCAUCUUUAAAGUCACAGUUAUCCUUGUCCCGUAGCUUGUAUGUCCGUUUUGGCAGUUCUGAAUAGUCCAUCAAUUUUUCUUGCCAUGAUUCUUUAGUUGGGGUUUCUUCAGUCUUCCAUCCUUGUGCUAUUAAAACUCUCGCGGCCGUUGUCGCAUACAUCUUCAUGGAUGCAGGAAUCUCAGCUAAAGCAUCCAUGGCAGAUGGCCACCCAACCUCUGCUUAAAAACCUCCACAGAAGGAGAGUCCACAAACUCCCAAGGGAGACGGUUCCACUGCCAAACAGCUCUUGCUGUCAGAAAGUUCUUCCUGAUGUUUAGUUGGAAUCUCCUUUCUCGCAACUUGAAACAUGUCCAACUGCACUCAGUUUCCCUUUACCUCUGUAUCACGAAACCCUGGAGGGCAUGAUCGCUUUCCUCCCAAGCUUCCCAGUAGGAACCUCUCUGAGAUCUAUGGAUGAAAGGUGGAAUACAAAUUUAAUAAAUUAUAGCUUCAGGUAGGUAGCCUUGUUGGUCUGACGCAGUCGAAAUAAAAGUUAAAAAAUUGUCCAGUAGCACCUUAUAGACCAGGCUACCUCAACCUUGGCCCUCCAGAUGUUUUGAGACUACAGUUCCCAUCAUCCCUGACCACUGGUCCUGCUAGCUAGGGAUCAUGGGAGUUGUAGGCCUCCAAAACAUCUGGAGGGCUGAGGUUGAGGAAGCCUGUUAUAGACCAACUAAGUUUGUUCUGGUGUUUCUGAAGAAGUGUGCAUGCACACAAAGGUUUUACCAGAACAAACUUAGUUGGUCUAUAAGGUGCUACUGGACAUUUUUUUCUUUCCUUUUUAUCAAUAAAUUAUAAUACUAAUAGGAAUGGAGCUGAAAGGUUAGACUACUGCAAUGUGUUGCAUGGAGGGGCUGCCCUUGAAAACUGUUUGGAAGCUGUUGGCUUCCCAGGAUUUAAAAUUUAAUCCAUUAAUGGUAAGGCCCAGGAAGUAUUAAAGCUCAGUCGUGGCUCUGCCUGGGGCUCAAUAUUUUCAAUUUUUUAAAUCAUUUUUUAUGAUCUGGCUGGGUCUACUACGAGUUGCAGCCCGAAACAUCUAGAGGGCACCACAUUGGAGAAAGGUGACUUAAUAAUAAUAAUGAUAAUAAUAAUAAUAAAUUAUUUAUACCCCGCCCAUCUGGCUGAGUUCCCCCAGCCACUCUGGGCGGCUCCCAAUCAAGUGUUAAAAACAAUACAGCGUUAAAUAUUAAAAACUUUCCUACACAGGGCUGCCUUCAGAUGUCUUUUAAAGAUAGGAUAGCUGCUUAUUUCCUUCACAUCUGAAGGGAGGGUGUUCCACAGGGCAGGUGCCGCUACCGAGAAGGCCCUCUGCCUGGUUCCCUGCAACCUCACUUCUCGCAAUGAGGGAACUGCCAGAAGGCCCUCGGCGCUGGAUCUCAGUGUCUGGGCUGAAUGAUGGGGGUGGAGAUGCUCCUUCAGGUAUACUGGACCGAGGUCAUUUAGGGCUUUAAAGGUCAGCACCAACACUUUGAAUUGUGCUUGGAAACGUACUGGGAGCCAAUGCAGAUCUCUCAGGACCGGUGUUAUGUGGUCCCGGCAGCCACUUCCAGUCACCAGUCUAGCUGCCGCAUUCUGGAUUAAUUGCAGUUUCCGGGUCACCUUCAAAGGUAGCCCCACGUAGAGCGCAUUGCAGUAGACUUAGCUGUGCUAUGUUUGUGAAAUGUACGUGGAGCAUCAAUAACUUAAUUUAUUAUUAUUAUUACUAUUAUUAUUUUAAAUUUUUAUACUGCCCUAUACCUGGAGGUCAUAUUAUGUUGUUUUCCGAAAAUGGGUGCUGAUUUUGUCAUAAAACCCAUUAACACAGCUUUUUUUUCUUUUCUUUUCCUGUAGUCCAAGGCUAUCCAAGCUCCCUGGUUGGAUCUUAAAAGAUGGGAGCACUUUUCUAGACAAGGUAAUGUACAACUGGGAUUGGGUUUUUCAGCGAGCCUGGCUAAUUAGCCAGCACCGUUGAGCUUGGACAAGCUCUGAUUUAACUGGGGAGAAAAGCAAGAGCGUUGCCAAAAGCAAUUGCAUUUCCAGGCCCAAUCUUUAAGUCCUGCUCUUAGCCCCGUCUUUUACAAAAUUAAUAAUAAAAUAUUAUUAUUUACAAAAAAGAAUUUUUUUUGCAAAAAGAAUACAGUGGUACCUUGGUUCUCAAACUUAAUCCGUUCCGGAAGUCCGUUCCAAAACCAAAGCGUUCCAAAACCAAGGCGCACUUUCCCAUAGAAAGUAAUGCAAAAUGGAUUAAUCUGUUUCCAACUUUUAAAAACAACCCCUAAAACAGCAAUUUAACAUGAAUUUUACUAUCUAACGAGAACAUUGAUCCAUAAAAUGAAAGCAAUACAUUGUACUGCAGUCACACAAUCAAUCAGUAGCUGAUCUGGGUUCCACACAGUCACAAAAACAAACAAAAAAAGAGCCGAAAAACAAAAAUGCAAAAUAAAUAGUGAAAACAGACAGAUCUCAGCAUAACACUCAAAACAGAAGUGUGGCACUCAAAUCGGAAGCGUAACACUCAAAACGGAGCACGUUUGGCUUCCAAAAAAAGUUCGCAAACCAGAACACUUACUUCCAGGUUUGCAGUGUUUGGGUUCCAAGUUGUUUGCGUACCAAGACGUUUGAGAACCAAGGUGUCACUGUACCUUGAAAUGUCUCCCCGCCCCUUGUGCUUUUCCCCUGGACUCUGUUGGAGACUUUGGAGGGAAUUCUUAAGAAACUAAGAAGUGUCUGCAGGGUCAGGCCCAUCUAGUCCAGCAUCCUGUUGUCACAGGGAAUGCACAAGUCGUGGCGUAUGUUGAAUCCCUGAACAUUGCAAGAAGCCCCGUCAGCCGCAUGGGUACGAUGAGUUCCACAAUCGCAUCGGAAGCCUCUCGGAGGUGCUGCCUGUAGUGUGCACCUUUAAUUAUGAAUCCUUCUGCGCUUCUUAUAUUGACCGUUGCGCUUGCUUAGAAUGACAAAUGAAUUGACCAGUUCUCCGCACAGCCGGGGUCAAAGGUGGGUGCAUUGUCAUGUAAGGAGGAAGGCCCUUGUUUUUAAGACUGGAGGAGGCAUUGAAAUUCACCCAGUCUACCCAUAAUUCACCUUUUAACAUAACUGGAUGAGGUUAAGCGCCUCCUGCCAUUUGAAGUAAUUGCUCGUUUGUUAGAACUUGCCAAAAAUUGCUAGAAUUUCUUAAGAGCUGAAGCCAGGGGGAUACACUGUAGAGGGAGGAGAAGGUAAUGUACUGUUCGGUAAACAUGCAACCUUUAACUUUGGGGGGAGCUCCCCCCCCAAAAAAAAACCGUUUUCCCCAUGUAGAGAACUGUACAGCAGCAUAGUGCAAGCAUCAAUUGAUUGCUGAGAGACAUCGCUGCUUUUGUUGUCUAAGCAGCCAUUGCUCCCAUCUCAUCUCAGACCUAUUUGCAUGCGCAGCAACCAACUUGUCGGACGGAGCAAAGGGAGAAAGACUAAUUUAACAGGCCUGGGAGAAUAUUAAUGUGGAUGUCUGGAGGAACUCGCAGGGCGGUUUCCAUCUCCAGACCCGACGGAGUGAAAGUACAGAAUGUGGGGAAGGAAGGAAGUGCCAAGGGAAAGAGAGGUUUGGUGGAGAUUUCCGGGAGAGAACGGGGCCGGCCCUGAUUUUCGGCAGACCCUGAGCAAGAUCUGCAGCAGAUGUCCGAUCCUGCCUGCCGCCUAUGCCAGGCCUGAGGAGCAUGUCAGGAUUGGCAGGUGCCCGUCCAUUCAGCUACAGCCCUUUGCGAUGGCCGCAUGUUCGCAUGCAGCUUGCGAGCUGUUUGGCCAUCGCGGCCUGUAAGCGCCGGAAGUUGAAGCCCAGAGUGUGGUCCUCUGCCCUCACUGUCACCUAGCCUCGGAUUUCUUCCUUUUCAGCUGAGGGUCUUCUGUCUUGAGAGCCAGUGUGGUGUAGUGGUUAAGAGCGGUAGUCUCGUAAUCUGGGGAACCGGGUUCGCGUCCCCGCUCCUCCACAUGCAGCUGCUGGGUGACCUUGGGCCAGUCACACUUCUUUGAAGUCUCUCAGCCCCACUCACCUCACAGAGUGUUUGUUGUGGGGGAGGAAGGGAAAGGAGAAUGUUAGCCGCUUUGAGACUCCUUAAAGGGAGUGAAAGGCGGGAUAUCAAAUCCAAACUCUUCUUCUUCUUCUUCUUCUUCUCCUCCCCUCCCAUUUCCCAGGAGCUGAAAGACUGUGCUGGCCGGGCGUUUGUGGAUUCCGUUCCAGAGUUCUGCUUGCCAGAGGUGAGUCUUCGCAGGAUCCUGGGUGCCAAACCGUGACCACCCCACUUUUGGUCCCCAGCUGGAACCAUCAAGGGGUUCUCGAACUCGCUGCUUCCCUCCAUUGAUUUCAAAGAGGCUUGCAGCAGUCGGAGGAGCCAUCCUCCUCGCUUUGGAGAAAACACACGUUUCACGGGAGGCACUUUUUGAAAUAAUGCCCAAUGGAUGUUCCGAUCCAUUUCUCAAGCCACUUACGGCUCCUGUUGCAAUUUAAGGGAAAGCGGAACUGCAAACGAUGGCUGUUUUUUGAACAUUUAUUUCGCUGCGUGCCCCUUAAGGGAGAAACAGCAGCUUACUGAGUGUGCAAAAUAAUAACACUCAGCACUUUAUAUAGUGCUUUCCAGAAAGGAGCAUUACAUAUAUUAUCUCGGGGAUUGUCACAAACAACCCUGUAAGGUGGGCUAAAGUUGUUUUAUUUUGUCUGUGCCGCUGAUUUGCCUGGGGCUGAAAGAGAGAAGGGCUUUCCCAAAACCUGCUGGUGUUCCAGCUCCUCACCUGGCCAAUAUACCGUAUUUUUCGCUCCAUAGGUUGCACCGGACCAUAGGGCGCACCUAGUUUUUAGGGGGGGGGAAAAGAAAAAAAAAAUAUUCCUCCCCCAGCCCCAAAGAGCAAAGAAGCCAAGAUAGCAAGCGAGAUCCAUCCCGCUGGCUGUCUUGGCUUCCUCUUUAGCCGCGCACAACCUGUCCAGCUGGGAGAAGAUGCACGCGGCUUUGGCAGAAGCCAAGACAACGAGCGGGAUGGAUCCCGCUCACUGUCUUGGCUUCGUUUUUAGCCGCGGAACUCCUGCCGCUAUCAGAAGGCUUGCAGAUGGCUGCCUGAAGCCCGGUGAGCGCAGCAGGAGUUGGCGCUGUGCUAUCCGCAAGCCUUUGGAGCCCGGCGGGAACUCCCUCCCCUCUCGUUCUCCAGGCUUCAGCGAAAGCCUGCAUUCGCCCCAUAGGACGCACACACAUUUCCCCUUCAUUUUUGGAGGGGGAAAAGUGCGUCCUAUAGAGUGAAAAAUGCGGUACAGUGGUGCCUCGCAAGACGAAAUUAAUCCGUUCCGCGAGUGUCUUCGUCUAGCGGUUUUUUCGUCUUGCGAAGCAACCCUAUUAGCGGCUUAACGGCUUAGCGCUAUUAGCGGUUUAGCGGCUAUUAAAGGCUUAGCGGAUUAGCUGCUAAAAGGCUAUUAAAGGCUUAGCGGCUUAGAUAAAGGGGGGGGAAAGCGGGGAAAAAAAUCUCAAGACUCGCAAGACAUUUUCGUCUUGCAAAGCAAGCCCAUAGGGAAAUUCGUCCUGCGAAGCAACUCAAAAACGGAAAACCCUUUUGUCUAGCGGGUUUUCCGUCUUGCGAGGCGUUCGUCUUGCGGGGCACCACUGUAUAUAUAAUUUGGACACUUGAAUGCACCUCAUUCCUCAGAAGGAAAUCAUUUUGGACCUUUUUUUGUAUCGGCCAAGCCUUCUCAACAGGGAGGUUUGGGAUUCAGACACCCUCCGUUUCCAUGAACUGAUAGCCGCCUGUGUGGGUCGGUGGGGGUGGGGGGGUCUCUCUUCCGGUCUCCCCGUCCUUAUUUUCUUUGCUUGGGCAGUGUAAUCUACUAUUUGCCUCAUUUAUCUGUCUCAGAAAUUCCAGCAGCUGGUUGAGCAUGAGGCUCUUAAUCUCACGGCUGCGGGUUCAAAUCCCACUUUGGGCAAAAGGUUCCUGCAUUGCAGGGGAUUAGACUACAGUGGUACCUCAGGUUAAGUACUUAAAUGGAUCCGGAAGUCUGUUCUUAACCUGAAGCGGACUUUCCCAUUGAAAGUAAUGGAAAGUGGAUUGAUCCGUUCCAGCCGAUGAAAAACACCCUCUAAAACAGCAAUUUAACAUGAAUUUUACUGUUUCACGAGACCGUUGAUCCAUAAAAUGAAGGCAAUAACCAAUGUACUGUGCUAUAAAAUAAAUUAGACAGUAUUUUAGAUGAAAAGAAAUAACAUUUAUUUCUUUUCUUAUGUGCACUCACUGUUUGGAGGGGACUCAGGGUCCUCUUCCACAAUCGCAAUAGGCUUGGCUCCUGGCAUUCGUGGAGGCCUCAGAGAGCUCCUGCAGCUGGAGCCCAGUCGCGGAGCCUCUGCAGGCCCCGUGGACAUUGGGGCUUGGCUCCUGGCAUUAGCGGAGCUGCUCUAGGCACCGCGGAUGUCGGGGCUUGGUUCCCUGCAUUCACGGAGCCCUCAAGACAGCUCCGUAGGCACCGCUGAUGUCUGGGUUUGCCUCCAGGCAGCAGCGAGACCUCCGAGAGCUUGGACAACUUACUUCCGGGUUACAAUCGUUCGUAACCCGAAAAAACGUAAGUUGAAGCAUUCGUAACCCGAGGUACCACUGUACAGAUUCUUACCCAUCCAGGGGGCAGCACUGCCUGCUGUCUUCCUCCCUCUCAGUCUCAGUGUUGCCCUUGCAGGACUCAGCAGGGGCGGGGAAGAUGGAGGCAAACCCAGAAUCAGCUGUCUCUGCUGCCUCCCAGUGUCUCUAGCGCCACCUACUGUUAGCCUCCUUGCAUUCUGCCCUACCAGUCCCACUGGGCACCAGCCACCCCCGAGAACAUCUUGCUUGACAUGCAGAAGUCCCCAGAUUUCAAUCCACAACACCAGCGCUUUAAGAUCAAGCAACAGAUGCGUCAGGGGGAGAGACGUUUCUCUCCUUGAGACGCAGAGAAGCAGACUUUCCCGAGCAAACGGGACCAAAGGUUUCCUGAGAACGUAAGGAGAGCCUGCAGGAUCAGGCCAGUGGCCCACCUAGACCAGCAUUCUGUUCUCACAGUGGGCAGCGAAAUCAGGGCGGAUUUAGGUUUGAUGAGGCCCUAAGCUCCUGAAGGUAAUGGGGCCCUUUAUAUCUCCAGUUGUCCUUUGCCAACAACAAAUUGUCACUGUUUUGUUUGUGUUGAAUAUGUGCUAUAUGGCAAUUUAUGGACCAAAUGGGUAUCUAAAGCCAUUUGCACAUAACAAAUAGGAGCCUACACAACACAAAACACUGUUGCUGUAUGUAGGUUUUUUUUCAUUUGUUUUUCAUCUUAUAUUUUGGAAAUGCAUUUCCAGUUUUAUCCCCUUUAAAUUUUGUGGGGGCCCCCAAGAGAGUGGGGCCCUAAGCUAUAGCUGGUUUAGUUUAUACGUAAAUCAGGUACUAAACGAGAUGCCCCUAUUGGGAGCCCACAUAGCAGCUCUCUCCCUGUCUCCGACGGGAGAGGGAAAACUCAUCCAUCAGGCUUAGCAGCCGCGGAGGGCCUUAUCCUCUGUGAAUCUGCCUAAUCCUCUUUUCAAGCCCACCUCUGUUGGUGGCCUGGCCUCCCUGACUCUGAAUUGUACAGCUGGAAGAGACCCAAAGGCUCAUCUUGUCAGCCCCGCGAUCUCAGAGGUAGUUCUCCUGCAUGCAGAAAGUCCCUGAAUUCCUCUCCAGCCAAAAUGAACUUCCUGGCAGGACAGGGGAAGGACAGAGAGCCCAGGGAAUGCAAGUGGGAUGCUGCAACAAAAUGUUGCCGUUUGGAGUGGACCUGUUCGCUCUUCCAGUCAAUGAGCCAUGCCCUGCCCUCCUCUGUGGUGCGUUGUGCAGGAGCUUGAGGCUGCCAGGGGGAGCCAGGCAAUGUCCCACCCAGCAAGACCCAGGGUGCUUUUAAGGUCCUGGGAGAGCUCCCAGUGUCUUGCUGUAGGCCCCACAAAUAACCCAGAGAUGCAUUUUAAAUAAAAGGACACAUUCUACUCAUGUAAAAACACCAGGCAGGCCCCACAAAUAACCCAGAGAUGCAUUUAAAAUAAAAGCACACAUUCUACUCAUGUAAAAACGCUGAUUCCCGGACCGUCUGCAGGCCGGAUUUAGAAGACGAUUGGGCUGGAUCCGGCCCCCGGGCCUUAGUUUGCCUACCCAUGGACUAGAUGAACCAUCACAGCUCUGCAAUUCUCUGAUUCCAUUGCCCAGUCUCUGGGUUGUGGGUUUCGACAGAUGCUCUUAUUUCAUUCCACCUCCCACCCAGUUUUCCAUUUUCUUUGUGGACUGAAUGCCUCUCCCCCCACCCCAACCUCCCCUAAAAAAGCAAAAGAACCAUCAGGUCUUAAGUUAGCCACCAUGGCACUUUUUGAGCCGCUGUUUUUUGAGCAGCCACGUUGACCAAUUUCUCGGCUGUUACCUUCGAAUCGAUGGGAAGAUAAUUUUUCCACUUGACGAGUAUUGAAUCCCAUUAGCUGCUCCAUAAUAACUGAGUUAGAGGUUUAAGUUUCUGGUAAGUUUUCCAGACCAACAUAAUCGGGGGUUAUAGCCUUACCAGUAAAUAUUUCCAAUUACAGUUCCUGUUACGGAGAUGCAAAAAAUCAUUUUGUCUCCUCCUCCGACCUUGGCUGACCCUACCUACCUAUUCCUCUGCCUGGAGAACAGUCUGGAGAGGACAGGUUUAGUUCCAGCCCCAAAAGUGACAAUUAUAACCAGGCUGUUACAAGUCAAAUUUAUAUUUGAGAUUCUAGGCCAUCCUUGAGGCCUCAGGCCUUGCCUUCCAGCUUCUUCCCACCUCCCCUUCUAAAAGUUGCCUCCUCUCAGCUUUUCAUCUCAGAAAUCUUGGCCCCUUGGAUAGAAUCACAGAAUCGUCGAGUUGGAAGGGUCACCUAGCCCAACCCCUUGAAAUGCAGGAAUAUUUUGCCCAACAUGGGACUCGAACCCACAACCCGGAGAGUAAGGGUCUCACGAUCUACUUGCGACGGGCCCCUGGGUGGACCCCAGAGUCAAACAGGCCCAAGAAGGAGGGAAACCACUCAAUAGGGCCAAAGGAGCGGAAACGAGAGUGAGACAUAGCCUGAGGAAAUCUGGAGAAAAGGGAAAAGUCAUGUCAGAAGCAGAGCAUUGCUGGGCCCUCACUAUACCCUGAGCAAUGUGGUGGUCAGAGUACUGGACUAAGACCUGGGAGACCAGGGUUCGAAUCCUAACACCGGGAAAUCCAAUGAUGCUGAAUGUUGGAAGGUUUAGGACAGGUAGAAGGAAGCAUUUCUUCACGCAGUGCCAUAGUUAAACUGUGGAACUCCUUGCCACAAGAGGCAGUAAUGGCCACCAGCUUGGAUGGCUUUAAAAGAGGAUUGGACCAAUUCAUGGAGGAGGAGAGGGCUAUCGAUGGCCACCAGCCUGGAUGGCAGGCUGUUGGAGGCAGCAGCGCUUCUGGGUACCAGUUGCUGCAAACCAUAGGAGGGCGAGAGUUGCUCUUGGGUUCGAAUCCUCCUUGCAGGUUUCCCACAGGCAACCCGGUUGGCCACAGCGGGAGCAGGUUGCUGGGCUCAAUAGCCUCCUCUUCCAUUCUGAGGGAGGGAGAAGACUUUUUUAGGAGGCUGCGUUUCCCAACAGUGCCUUACUGUGGCGAUCACACAGGGUCCCUGGACGUUUAACGGUCUAUUGAUCCCUGCGCCACCACUGUGCUCGCUUCCCCGCUGCCACCAACCCGUUAAAAGGUAAAGGACCCCUGACCAUUAGGCCCAGUCGUGACCGACUCUGGGGUUGCGGCGCUCAUCUCGCUUUACUGGCCGAGGGAGCCGACGUACAGCUUCCGGGUCAUGUGGCCAGCAUGACUAAGCCGCUUCUGGCGAACCAGAGCAGCGCACGGAAACGCCGUUGACCUUCCCGUCGCAGUGGUACCUAUUUAUCUACUUGCACUUUGAUGUGCUUUCAAACUGCUAGGUGGGCAGGAGCAGGGACCGAGCAACGGGAGCUCACGCCGUCGCAGGAUUCGAACCGCCGACCUUCUGAUCAUUAAGUCCUAGGCUCUGUGGUUUAACCCACAGCGCAUCCCUAACUCUUGGGUAAAACACUGAGUCCAGACAGUUGUUAAAAGUGAACACACACAAAAACAAGUUUAUUUUACAAACAUUAACAAGUUUAUGGUUUCUCAGAUAAUAUUCCUGUCGGUAUCUUAACUUUAGUUUCUUUACUGGCCUAUACCUUCUGACUGAUUAUCUCAACUGUUUGACUGACUCCUCUUAACCAAUUCUCUCCCUCUCUCACACCAGACUAGCCCAAUCCACAGACUUCUCUUCUCUGUCUCGUCUAACUCCAGACUGUCUUCUCAACCACCCGAACUCUAUCUCUCCCAAAAACCUCCGUGCUUAAACCUUAUACACAGUUAAUUCUGCCCCUUGGGCUCCCAUUGAUUAGUCAUUUUACAAUUAGUUAACCCUUUCCUUAUGAACCCAGUAUAAUGUCACACACCUAGGAGACCACACUUAAGCUCUCUGUUUUCAGAUGGAGCUGAUUGACCUGUCGACGGUGGAUGUCAUCCUGAUCUCAAACUACCACUGCAUGAUGGCCUUGCCCUACAUUACGGAGCACACUGGGUUCACCGGAACUGUCUACGCCACUGAGCCGACGGUUCAAAUUGGCAGGUGAGGGGGGGGAAGCCUCAUUUUAUCUCCUCGCCUUCGGGGAAGGAUGUAGAGGACGACACAGGGAAGAGGAGCCUUGCCUCUCUAAUGUUCUUGAGAGGCUUUUAAGAUGCAGCUGAGAGCGAGCCAAGGAAGUUCUUCUUCGCGGAUUUAAGUGUGUGCACUGCAUGCCUGACUUCUUCCCGAAUGUCGUGAGUCAGUUUGGGCUCCUCUGUUUGGCAGGCCUGGGCAGAGCGAUUAAAUGGUGCUAGACGGUGUUGCGCUCACAGAAAACCUCUGCCGCUGCUUCCGUGGUGGGCAGCACAGUGUGGUGUAGUGGUUAAGAGUGGUAGUCUCGUAAUCUGGUGAACCAGGUUCGCUUCCCUGCUCCUCCACAUGCAGCUGCUGGGUGACCUUGGGCCAGUCACACUUCUUUGAAGUCUCUCAGCCCCACUCACCUCACAGAGUGUUUGUUGUGGGGGAGGAAGGGAAAGGAGAUUGUUAGCCGCUUUGAGACUCCUUCAGGUAGUGAUAAAGCGGGAUAUCAAAUCCAAACUCUUCUACUCUUCGUCACAUGCCAGGGACACACUCCUUUAUUUUGCAAGUUGCUAAAUGCAGAAUCACAGGAUAGUAGAAUUGGAAGGAACCCUGGGUGUGCUGGGCGCGGGGGUAACGCGAGCAACGUGGUCCAGGUCCAGUCCCGAAUCCAAGGGUUCUGGGAGGAGUCAGUCUGACAGGGCCAAGGCAGGACACGAGGCAAGAAACCAGGCAAGGUCAGGCACAGGAUCACAGGCAGGUUCUGACAAACUGCAGUGUUGCUCCCACAACCUGGGACGGGGUCCAGCAGCCUUUUAUCUUUGUCGGGGUAACGGCCAGUCCUGAUCCCCCGGUGACUCACCUCCCUGUCUCACCCGAAGGCGAGCACUCCUCCUACAAGUACUCAGGUCUCUCCUUCUCUCAGACCUCAGUCUCUGCAGUUCAGGAGACGUCGGUGGGUGACUAGACCCAGAGGCCGCCUCAGCUUCCCCUGACCCAACCGGUAGUGGAGCAGCUGUAAGUGAUGGCCCAGCUGGAGGCAACGAGGGAAUCCCCACAUCUGGAGCCAGGGCAAGCUCGGGCCCCUGACUCGUCUCCACCCCCAUCGUUCUGCCCAGACACUGAGGUCCAGCACCAAGGGCCUUCUGGCGGUUCCCUCACUGUGAGAAGCCAAGCUACAGGGAACCAGGCAGAGGGCCUUCUCGGUGGUGGCGCCCGCCCUGUGGAACGCCCUCCCACCAGACGUCAAAGAGAAAAAUAACUACCAAACUUUUAGAAGACAUCUGAAGGCAGCCCUGUUUAGGGAAGCUUUUAAUGUUUAAUAGGUUAUUGUAUUUUAGUGUUUUGUUGGAAGCCGCCCAGGGUGGCUGGGGAGACCCAGGCAGAUGGGUGGGGUAUGAAUAAUAAAUUAUUGUUAUUAUUUACAUAUAAAUACACACGGAGCACUGCAGCACGGCUCCCUCUCUCUCUAGCAUCAGACCAGAGCAGGAAUUCUAACAGUUGCUCCUCUCUGCAGGCUUCUGAUGGAGGAGCUGGUCAACUUCAUUGAGCGGGUGCCCAAGGCUCAGUCUGCCUCCAUGUGGAAGAAUAAGGAAGUGCAAAGGUAAGGAUGGACACGCCCCCUCCGCAGGGCACCUCCCUUGGGAACGGGGUGUGUGUGUCUGGGGGGGCAUUCCCCCUACGGUUUGGUUUCUCGCCCUGCUGCUCAGCUGCCCGAUCCUCAGAGCUGCUUGCGUCCGUCAGAACAGCAUUUUCCAAACAUUUUGGGGGCCAUUUGCCCCAUUGGUUCCAUAAUCUCAUCCCCAGUGCCCCUCUAAAGGUAAAGGGACCCCUGACCGUUAGGUCCAGUCAUGGCCGACUCUGGGGUUGCGGCGCUCAUCUCGCUUUAUUGGCCGAGGGAGCCGGCGUACAACUUCCGGGUCAUGAGGCCAGCAUGACUAAGCCGCUUCUGGCGAACCAGAGCAGCGUACGGAAACGCCGUUUACCUUCCCGCCAGAGUGGUACCUAUUUAUCUACUUGCACUUUGACGUGCUUUCGAACUGCUAGGUGGGCAGGAGCAGGGACCGAGCAACGGGAGCUCACCCCGUCGCAGGGAUUCGAACCGCCGACCUUCUGAUCGGCUACCCUAUAAAAAGCAUUAUUAUUAGUAGUACGAAUAAUUAUUUUACUUUUUAUACCGCUCUUCAUCCGUAGAUCUUGGGGCUGUUCACGGCAUAAAAAACACAGUGGUUUGCACGGUCCACUAAGGAAGAUAAUAGCACAAUAAAAUUUGAAACAGGGAGGAUUCAUUGCACGUUUAUUCAAAAUCCAAUUGGAACCAUUCAGUUUAAUUAACUAAUUCAGCAGAAUUGAUGGACUCAGCCCAAUGAUGCCAGCUUUCCAAAGUUUGGAAGUCAGUUACACCCUCCUGCUGCCCCCUUGCCUCUUAGGAUGCCCUCCCCCAGGUAAUCCCCCCCUCUAGGCGGGGGAGGGGGAGAACCACCAACUUUGGGAACCACUGACUUAGAACAACAAAAUCAACAAUACCUCAGGGACCACCUCUCUCCAUAUGAACCUACCCAGACCCUGCAAUCAUCCCCUAAGGUCCUUCUUCGUUUGCCUGCUCCAUGUGAGGCCCAGAGGGUGGCAACACGAGAACGGGGCCUUUUCUGCAGUGGCUCCCCAUCUGUGGGGUGCUCGCCCAAGGGGGGCUCGCCUGGCACCUUCAUUAUACACCUUUAGGUGCCAGGUGAAGCUGUUCUUCUUCAACCAGGUUGACAUUUUACUGUGUUUUUAAACAUUUUGUUGGGAGCCGCCCAAAGUGUCUGGGGCAACUCAGUCGUAUGGACAGCACAUAAAUAGCAAAAUUAUUAUUAAUAAUAAUAUUUGGCUGAUUGACAGCCGAUGCCCUCUUAAAUGUGCUGCGGAAGCGGGUGGGGAUUGCUGGGUUGCCUUUGUUGUUAUUUUUAUUACGUAUUUUGUGUGUGUGUGUUUAUAUCAUUUUCUGUUGUGAACCGUCCAGAGAUCUACGGCUAUAGGGCGGCAUGCGGAUUAAAUAUACAGUCAUACCUUAUGUUACGUCUGCUUCAUGUUACGUUUUUUCAGGUUAUAAUAAUAAUAAUAAUUUAUUAUUUGUACCCCGCCCAUCUGGCUGGGUUUCCCCAGCCCCUCUGGGCGGCUUCCAUAGAAACCAAAAAUACACUAAAAUAUCACACAUUAAAAACUUCCCUGAACAGGGUUGCGUCCUGCGGCAACCCGGAAGUACCGGAAAGGGUUACUUCCGGGUUUUGCUGCUCGCGCAUGUGCAGUAGCGCUAAAUUGCGCUUCGCGCAUGCGCACAAGCACCAAAUCAUGCUGCGCACCUGCACAGAUAUGGCGCUUCAGGUUGCAGGCUUUUCACGUUGCGAACGGGCCUCCGGAACGAAUACCGUUUGCAACCAGAGGUACCACUGUAUAUUAAAAAUAAUAAUAAUACAAUAAUGGAAAAAAUAUCACAGCAAAACAGCAGAGUGGACCCAAGCUUUUGAAUACUGAUGAACAGAUAGCUCUUAGAGGCCUGGGAGGACCUGAGCACAAUGGGAUUCUCCCCAGUGCAUGGCGCAUGGCACCAGUGCCUUUGAAACAGAGCAUGGCCAGCGAAUCUGUGAAUCCAUGAAGAUUUUGAGUAUCUGCGCUUGGCGCUGUCAGGUCGGGUCCUCGAUGUCAGCCCCGAGUCUGGCUGGCUGGGCCCAAAUCGGUGCCUCUUUCCUAGGGUUGGUGAGAUAGCGGCUUUUGAAAACAGGGGACACCCCCAAGUGAGCGCAAUGUUAAGCCGAUCUCCUUUUAUUUUGAGUCACCCGUGAGCCUCGUUCAGCUUGUCGGUGGUGCCUCUUCCCCUCUUUUCACAGCAGCCUGGAGCGUUCCCUGUGUUUACAUCACUUUGCAGCUCAGAAACUUCCAGCCCCGAUUGGGUUGUGUGCAACUGAGCCGCUCCCUUUAUUGUAGGAAACGCUGGCGCCUUUUAAACGGAAAGCUCUGCAAGGAAUAUACUUAGUGCAUCAGGGCAGCUGAUGGUUUUUACCCCAUUACCGUCUGCAACCUAAUGGCUGGCAACUCUGAACCGCACUGAGUUGUGGCACUGGGGUGGCUAACAUCGUAUUUCCCCUUUCAUUCCUCCACCUCAAACAGUGGCACCUUCUGGAUGAGUGCCAUGGAAUUGGGGUGCUUCUGCGGGGAGGACGACAGAGGGGGUGCCCUCCCUUUAUCAAUGUUUCUAAGCAUGGUUUUAUGCAGGGGUCAGCAAACUUUUUCAGCAGGGGGCCGGUCCACUGUCCCUCAGACCAUGUGGGGGGCUGGACUAUAUUUUGGAAAAAAAAUAAUGAACGAAUUCCAAUGCCCCACAAAUAACCCAGAGAUGCAUUUUAAAUAAAAGCACACAUUCUACUCAUGUAAAAACACCAGGCAGGCCCCACAAAUAACCCAGAGACGCAUUUUAAAUAAAAGCACAUAAUUCUACUCAUGUAAAAACACGCUGAUUCCCAGACCGUUCGCGGGCCAGAUUUAGAAGGCGAUUGGGCCAGAUCCGGCCCCCGGGUCUUAGUUUGACUACCCAUGGUUUUAUGGAGAUCUCUCUUAUUUUAAUGAAAGUGUGUCUUAGAAAUUUGCAAUAACUUGGAGAAAACAGGCUGGCUGUUGGGUUUCCUAUGGCAUUCCAUCCAAAGAGGACACGUUAUUUUAUUAUUUUUACAUUCAUAUUCCACCUUGUCCUCCAAGGAGCUCAGUAUGAUUCUCCCCCUCCCUCAUUUAAUCUCCCACAACAACCCUGUGAGGUAGGUUAGGCUGAGAGGCAGUGGCCCAAGGUCACCCAGUGAACUUCGGGCUGAGCGAGGAUUUGAACCCAGGUCUCUCCCAGGUCCAAUUUGACACUCUACCCCCCUCCCACUGGCUCUCUUCUGUUGGCAUCUGUAGAAAUUACAUGUUUUCUGCGCUAGGUGAACAUGGAGACAUUGGCAGGAGCAAUCCUCAACACUUCCUUCAGUCUCCUAAAAAUUAUGGAGGAGGAGGUCAGUGGCCCAACUGAUUCCCCAGUAAAUCAGCUCCUUUCAAACAAAUGGAUCGACAGAAGUUGACCGGUUUUCACAAAUCAUUGGAAAUGGGUUGGAAUGAGCUUUUGAUUUAGCAUCUGUUUAAUAUACAAAGUAAGAACCCAAUUCUUCUUCCCCUCGCUGGCAGCUCUCACUGCCUUCCUGCCUGGGCUCCUCGUACUGUAAGAGAUUUAUGGCAAAAGAGACGGCCAUCCUUUUUAUGUGCCUUGACGCUGCCAUUCUCGGAUGUCGUUCUCCAGCUUCCUUUGCGGAGAAAGGGGGGAAGUCUGCAACAAUGGCGGCUUUUCCAAGGAAUAAAAGGUUUUAAUACUUGUGUCAAAGUUUCUGUUUGAAAAAACAGUUUCCUCCCCUUCCUUUCGCCUUCUGAGUAAUUACUCGCACAGCCCACAAUCUGCUUGUUUUCUGAAUCUUCCAGCACAUUUCUGGCAUUGGCAGUGGAUAUGCAUAUUGCAAAUUGCUUUCUCUUCAUUAAACUACGGAACUCCCUCCUGCAGGAAGGAGUUGUGAUUUCUAAAACUCAGCAUGAGUUUCCCAAAAAUAAGGCACGCCAGACCAAUCUGAUUUCUUUCUUUCUUUCUUUCUUUCUUUCUUUCUUUCUUUUGAUGGAAUUACAAACUUGGUGGAUCAGGGGAAUGCUGUGGACAUAGUGUAUCUUGAUUUCAGUAAGGCUUUUGACAAAGUCCCCCUUGAUAUUCUCACGAGGAAGCUGGUAAAAUGUGGGUUGAACGAGGUGACUGUUAGGUGGAUUUGUGGUUGACUGACAGAAUUCAAAGAGUACUCAUUAAUGGUUCCUCGUAACAAGCUGGGUGCCACAGGGUUCUGUCCUGGGUCCAUUGUUGUUCAACGUCUUUAUAAAUGACUUGAAUGAAGGAAUUGAGAGGAUACUCAUCCGAUUUGCAGAUGACACCAAACUGGGAGGGGUAGCUAAUGCCGCAGAAGGCAGAAUCAGAAUCCAAAAUGACCUUAACGACUUGGAGAACUGGGCACAAGCAAAGAAAAUGAAUUUCAAGAGGGACAAACGUCAGGCUCUGUACUUAGCUGAACAAAAUAACACAACACGAUGGCCAAUAACAAUGGCACUAAACACUAUUCACAGUGGUACCUCAGGUUACAGACGCUUCAGGUUACAGACUCCGCUAACCCAGAAAUAGUACCUCGGGUUAAGAACUUUGCUUCAGGAUGAGAACAGAAAUCGUGCUCCAGCGGUAGCGGGAGGCCCCAUUCGCCAAAGUGGUGCUUCAGGUUAAGAACAGUUUCAGGAUAAGAACGGACCUCUGGAAUGAAUUAAGUUCUUAAUCCGUGGUACCACUGUGUAAAGGGUAAAGGGGACACUCAUCUCGCUUUAUUGGCCGAGGGAGCCGUGCUUCCGGGUCAUGUGGCCAGCAUGACUAAGCCGCUUCUGACUAACCAGAGCAGCGCACGGAAACGCCAUUUACCUUCCCGCCGGAGCGGUACCUAUUGAUCUACUUGCACUUUGAUGUGCUUUCGAACUGCUAGGUUGGCAGGAGCAGGGACCGAGCAACGGGAGCUCACCCUGUCGCGGGGAUUCGAACCGCCGACCUUCUGAUCAGCAAGUCCUAGGCUCUGUGAUUUAACCCACAGCGCCACCCGCGUCCCUUGUACUACUGUAUAGACUAAUACAAAUGAUCAGAAAUUGCAACCAAAGUCUCUAAAUCUUCACCAGUCACGGUAGAAUAAUUCAAAAGUUCGAUAUAUACAUAGUCUGUCACCAAAUGUCGCCGGAACAGAGUUAGGCUCUGCACUUAGGCAGGAAGAACCAGAUGCACAAGUAUAGGAUGGGGAACACCUGGCUUACUGCCAGUACAUGUGAAAAGGAUCUAGGGGUCUUGGUGGACCUAGGUGUGCCCAGAGUCUUGGCGCAUCGCUGAGCCUGAUCGAGUCUUUCUCUGUCUCCAGGCUGCUUCCCACCCCUCUGAAAGAUGCGGUCGAAGUCGCCAUGUGGAGAAGGUGCUACAAUAUGCAGGAAGUGAACUCGGCGCUCAGUAAGAUCCAGCUGGUGGGGUAUUCCCAGAAAAUAGUGAGUAUCUGUGGUCAUAUCCUGCUUUUUGUGGGAUGCGGGAGGCGUGGUAAGGUGGUCGCCUGCCCUGUGACCUGAUGGCGAAGGGCAGGUAACAGAUCUGAAAAUAUGCGUUAAAAGUCAGAGGAGCUUUAAAUCAGAAAAUAAAUGGAGAAUGGAAACUACUUAAGGAAUAUAUAAGAUUAUAUUGUAUAAACAAUACCAUCCUAGCAGAACUGGAAUGAUACCUGUAAACAAAAAUGAGCAAAACAAAUACUUUAGUGGAAUACAUGAAAAAGGAAAUAAUGUAAAGCUGUGCAAUAAAAUUAUGAUUAUAUAAACAGUGUAAUAAGGAUGAUUGGAAGUUUUAUGCAAAAAAAAUUUAUUUGAUGGGUAUGAUUCUGUAUAAAUUUUUGGUUCUUUUUCUUUUCUUUUUUUAUCUUUUUAUCUUCUUUUUUCUUAUUCUUAUGUCUGGAAUUUUUUCGCCCUUAUUCAAUACCUUUAUACUUACCUUUGUUGUAAAUGAUCAUUCGUGCCUGUCUUUUAAACCAAUAAAGAUUUACCAUGAAAAAGAAAAGGAAAGCAAAUAUGCAUAAAAUAAAAUCAUAUGCCGGGAAAUACUUUCUGGAAUUCUUCCUUGUGUUGUUUUUCUUCUCUCCAACAGGAGCUUUUUGGCGCAGUCCAGGUCUCCCCUCUCAGUUCCGGUUAUGCGCUUGGCAGCUCCAACUGGAUCAUCCAGUCGCAUUACGAGAAGGUUUCCUACGUCUCGGGAUCCUCACUCCUCACGACGCACCCGCAGGUACGACGCCCUCCCAGAACUCUGAGGUUUCGCCUUCCUUAAGGUGUGACAUUCUCCUUCCUCAAUACAGUUAAUCUACAGCGCAUGCGCGACUCCACAGCUCCUCCCUCUCGUGCGACUUACAUCAGGGGUCAGCAAACUUUUUCAGCAGGGGGCCGGUCCACUGUCCCUCAGACCUUGUGGAGGGGCCAGACCAUAGCUGUCAACUUUUCCAUUUUUUAAAGGGAAAUUCCCUUAUUCCGAAUAGGAUUCCUCGCAAGAAAAGGGAAAAGUUGACAGCUAUGGGCCGGACUAUAUGGGGGGGGGGGCGGAAUGAAUGAAUUCCUAUGCCCCACAAACAACCCAGAGAUGCAUUUUAUAUAAAAGCACACAUUCUACUCGUGUAAAAGCAUGCUGAUUCCUGGACCAUCCGCGGUCCAGAUUUAGAAGGCAAUUGGGCCAGAUCCAGCACCCAGACCUUAGUUUGCCUACCCAUAACCUACAUCAUAGGAGCCUACACAACACAAAACACUGUUGCUGUAUGUAGGUUUUAUUUUUAUUUUUUUAUCUUAUAUUUUGGAAAUGUACAUCCAGGUUUUUUCCUUUAAAUUUUUUGGGGAGUCCCCAAGAGAGUAAGCUAUAACUUGUUUAGCUUAUAUGUAAAUCCGGCACCGGGCGUCUUCUACGAGCAGAGGCAGGCGCAGGCACCACAUUCCCUCUCCCUCUUCAAGAAAGCAGCACACGUUGUCUUUCCCACAUCCAUCAGGAGGUCGUGCAGCAGAAGAGGCAGGGGCAAGAAACUCCUAGAGUCGUAGAGAUGUACAGCUGGAGGGAACCCAUAAGGUCAUCCAGUCCAACCCCUUUGUUGUUGUUUAGUCGUUUAGUCGUUUCCGACUCUUCGUGACCCCAUGGAGCAGAGCACGCCAGGCACUCCUGUCUUCCACUGCCUCCCGCAGUUGGGUCAAACUCAUAUUCAUAGCUUCGAGAACACUGUCCCACCAUCUCGUCCUCUGGUGUCCCCUUCUCCUUGUGCCCUCCAUCUUUCCCAACAUCAGGGUCUUUUCCAGGGAGUCUUCUCUUCUCAUGAGGUAUUGGAGCGUCAGCUUCAGGAUCUGUCCUUCCAGUGAGCACUCAGGGCUGAUUUCCUUCAGAAUGGAUAGGUUUGAUCUUCUUGCAGUCCAUGGGACUCUCAAGAGUCUCCUCCAGCACCAGAGUUCAAAAGCAUCCAUUCUUCGGCGAUCAGCCUUCUUUCUGGUCCAGCUCUCACUUCCAUACAUCACUACUGGGAAAACCAUAGCUUUUACUAUACGGACCUUUGUUGGCAAGGUGAUGUCUCUGCUUUUUAAGAUGUUAUCUAGGUUUGUCAUUGCUUUUCUCUCAAGAAGCAGGUGUCUUUUAAUUUCGUGGCAGCUGUCACCAUCUGCAGUGAUCAUGGAGCCCAAGAAAGUAAAAUCUCUCACUGCCUCCCUUUCUUCCCCUUCUAUUUGCCAGGAGGUGAUGGGAUCAGUGGCCAUGAUCUUAGUCCAACCCCUUACAAUGCAGGAAUCACAGGCCUGCUCUGUGAGGGAAAUUCUGCUUUAGUUCCUGGGAUCCAGCCUUGUAUCAUUAUAAUGUUACUGAAUUAUAGAAAUGUGGAAUUGUAGAGUUGUAGGGGACCCCAGAGUCAUCUAGUCUAACCCCCAGCCAUGCAGGAAUCACAGCUAAAGCAUCCCUGAGACAUGGCCUUCCAACUUCUGCAAGGAAGGAGAGUCCACCACCUUCUCAAGGAGUCCUUUUAAAACCUUUUAAUGUAAUCCUUUUGAUGUGACCUGAGCCCAUUGCAAAAUGUCAAAAAAGAGAUUACGGGUCCUGCUUUUUCAUUAAGAAAAACAACCUGUUGCAUAUUAAUAACAGGCCAGAUAUUAUUAAUGCAAUUGCCUUCCCAGUUUAGGCACCUAUGAAAGCCCCACAGAUUCUCUGCGCCCGCUUCCCUUCUCUCCCCCUUUUUAUUUAUUAUUCAAAUGCCACAUAUUUCAACUCCGCAAUAUCUGAAGGCAGCUUCCAGGCUACAUCUAUAUCGCCCCUUGAAUUAUCUUUUUUCUCGAAGGGAUGAUGGCUUAACUGGCUGCCAACUCGUCCACCCCGCUUGUCUAAGGGCAAACUCUUCAAAGUGCUAUAGAUGUAAUUUCCAGUAAAUUAAUUCUCACAAGAUCCAUAAUUUCCCUACACUCCCCCCCACCCCGAAAGACAGCUACAUCUUUGGAGGGCUGAUGGAUUCGGCAGGCAGAGCUCUGAGCUACAAUCCCCGCCAGCGGCAGACCAGGGAAAGGAGUCGUGCCCAGUUUUUGCCCUUGGGUUUAUUUCUUUUAGGGCAAAAGGUGUGAUUUGGCAAAGCGGUUGGGGCAACCAAACCGAUUCUGCCCCUUUCCUUCUCUUUUUCAUAGAGUGUUCUCCACCUGCUUGCAUCUGUACCAGCAAUGGGGGGGGGUAGGUUUUGCCUUUCUAGAGCUGGCCAGUGUCUAUAAGAGAGACAGCAGUUGAAUAGUGGUUAGAGUCCCGGACUAGGACCCGGGAGACCAGGGUUCGAAUUCCCCACUUGGCUACAAAUCUCUUCGGCUGACCUUAGGGACAGUUGUGCUGGCCUACCUCACAGGGAAUUACCGUAUUUUUUGCUCUAUAAGACUCACUUUUUCCCUCCUAAAAAGUAAGGGGAAAUGUGCGUGCGUCUUAUGGAGCGAAUGCAGGCUGCGCAGCUAUCCCAGAAGCCAGAACAGCAAGAGGGAUCGCUGCUUUCGCUGUGCAGCGAUCCCUCUUGUUAUUCUGGCUUCUGAGAUUCAGAAUAUUUUUUUUCUUGUUUUCCUCCUCCAAAAACUAGGUGCGUCUUAUGGUCUGGUGCGUCUUAUAGAGCGAAAAAUACGGUAAAUGAGGGAGCAAGCCGCUUUGAACUCCGUGGAGGAAAAAACGGGGGGAUAGAAAUGCAAAAACAGAGUCUAGUCUCCACCCAGACAAGGAAAAGGCAGUAUCAGAGUCGAAGGACACAAUCCAGACGUCUCCAUCACCGUAAAUGUGUCUGGUUCUCGUUUUGAAAAGCCUUCUAGGCUGAAGUUUCCAUGUUCUGCUGCGGGAAGAAGCCUAGCGCAAGGGGAUUUUUCAGCUGCGGUUCCUGUGUCACGGGGUUGGACUAGAUGACCAUGGGGGUGCCCUUCCAACCCUACAACUCUUGUGUUUCUAAGGAAGACUAGAGAACCAGUGUAGCUGGUAGUGGAGAGAGAGAGAGAGAGACCUCUGAGCGAGCUUUCAAAAAAAAACCCAACACAGACAAAUGAAAUGCCUGUCAUCCAAAAAUGCCAAUAAGACAGUAAAAGUAAUAUUGAACCUGCCCGUGGAAAAUAUAUGUAAUGAUUAUGCCGGUAUUCAAUAGUCAUAAUUUCAUCUUCCGUUUGAGUCGAGGGGGGCUGGCAUUGAUUCACUGGGGCUGCUGCACAGAGGAUAACUUUGAAAGACUUUGGGCCAAACUUCUGAUCGGCUUUCCCUUCAACCUCCCUGCAGCUGUCAAAGUCAGGCUUUCUUUCCUGAGCCAAGAGUCUUUAUUUUUCUGCCCCUGUGCUGUUGAGUGGCUGUGGUAUUAUUUUUGUGUUUUUAUACUGUAAACCACCCUGUGACCCUCAGAUGAAGGACAGUAAUAAUAAAAAUAAUAAUAAAUUUUUAUUUAUACCCUGCUCUUCCUGGUUCAGAAAACCGGGCUCAGGGCAGCUAACAACAAAUUUAAAACACUUAAUUUAAAACACUUAAUUGAUGCAACAAAAAAACAGCAUAAAAUACAGUAUGAAACGUGGAUUACAAUAAAUUCAGAAUUAAAAAAAUCAAUUUAGGGGGAAAUCCAUCCAAUAAACAUUAGAUGAUCACCAGGGCCAGCUGGCUAAAUUAGUCCUGUUUGGGCUAGUGAGGAGACCAGGGGAGAAUUAGCUGUGGUGUCCCAGAGCGGGUAAUCUUCAUAAAAAGGGGAGGGAAGGAAGGGGCCAAAGUUAAACAAACAGGUUGUGCCUAUGAGCGUGCAAUUGAUUAUUUUUCUGGAGCGGAUUUAGCACAAGAGAUGGUCUUUUUCAAUGUAGCCCCCCAGAUAUGGAGCACUCUCCCCAGUGAAGACCCGCCUUACACCUGGCCAAGACUUUCUCCUUUCCCCCUGGCAUUUGGUGAACUGUGAUGGCUGAGACUCAUAGAAUUGUAGAGUUGGAAGGGAGCCGCGGGGUCAUCUAGCCCAACCCGCUGCCUGCAGGCUUGUCAAGGACCAUGUGCUGCUGCUAAUAAUAAUAAUAAUUUUAUUUAUAUCCCGCCCUCCCCAGCCGAUGCCGGGCUCAGAGCGGCUAACAACAGUAAAAAUAACACAAUUUACAUAAAAUCACAAUCAAUGACUUGAAAUACAUUCUAAAAUCAAUUCAUUCUAAAAUCAAUUCAAAAUCAAAUUAAUGGCAAGCAUUGGGCUAAAGUUCUAUGAGGAUUAUAGAAGGAGGGGGUCAGACUGUGCCUUGGCCAAAGGCCUGGUGGAACAGCUCCGUCUUGCAGGCCCAGUGGGAAGAUGUCAAGUCCCGCAGGGCCCUAGUCUCUUGUGACAGAGCAUUCUACUAGAUUGGGGCCAUGGCCGAAAAAGCCCUGGCUCUGGUUGAGGCCAGCCUAACCUCCCUGUGGCCCGGGACCUCCAAGAUGUUUUUAUUUGAAGACCGUAAGUUUCUCUGUGGGACAUACCAGGAGAGGCGGUCCCGUAGGCACGAGGGUCCUAGGCCGUAUAGGGCUUUAUAGGUUAAAACCAGCACCUUAAACCUCAUCCUGUACUCCACCAGGAGCCAGUGCAGCUGGUAUAGCACUGGGUGAAUGUGAUCCCGCGGCGAGGACACCAUAAGGAGCCUGGCCGCGGGAUUCUGCACCCACUGGAGUUUCUUGCUGUUGCUGAUAGAACAGGACUCUGGACUAGAUGGGCCUUUGGCUUGACCCAGCUAGGUUCGUCUUAACAUUAUUCCUGUGAAUCCACAGCCAAGCAAUGGAAUCUGUUCACACCAGCCUGCAGUGAUAGGCCCCAACGUGGAUAACUUUUAAAGAAGAUCCCUGGUCUCAGGGGCUGUGUUCAGCCUCCAAAUGCUGCCUUUGUAUACCAGUCGCUGGAAGUGGUGCAUGCUCUAGUUAUCUCCCACUUGGACUACUGCAAUGCGCUCUACAUGGUGCUCCCUUUGAAGGUGACCCGGAAACUACAACUAAUCCAGAAUUCGGCAGCUAGACUGGUGACUGGGAGCGGCUGCCGAGACCAUACAGCACUGGUCUUGAAAGACCUACAUUGGCUCCCAGUACGUUUCCAAGCACAAUUCAAAGUGUUGGUGUUGACCUUUAAAGCCCUAAAUGGCCUUGGUCCAGUAUACCUGAAGGAGCAUCUCCACCCCCAUUGUUCUGCCCGGACACUGAGGUCUAGUGCCCGAGGGCCUUCUGGUGGUUCCCUCCCUGCGACGUUACAGGGAACCAGGCAGAGGGCCUUCUCAGUGGUGGCACCUGCCCUGUGGAACACCCUCCCAUCAGAUGUCAAGAAAAUAAACAACUAUCUGACGUUUAGAAGACAUCUGAAGGCAGCCCUGUUUAGGGAAGUUUUUAAUGUUUGACGUUUUAUCAUGUUAUUAAUAUUCUGUUGGGAGUCGUCCAGAGUGGCUGGGGAAACCCAGCCAAAUGAGACGGGGUUUAAAUAAUAAAUUAUUAUUAUAUUAUUAUUAUUAUUAUAGAAGAGGAGGCUGAUAUUGCACUCCUCUAGCCCCAUUAAGGAGGGAUGCAGGUGGCGCUGUGGAUUAAACCACAGAGCCUAGGACUUGCUGAUCAGAAGGUCGGCGGUUAGAAUCCUUGCGACGGGGUGAGCUCCCAUUGUUCGGUCCCUGCUCCUGCCAACCUAGCAGUUCGAAAACAUGUCAGCGUGCAAGUAGAUAAAUAGGUACCACUCCAGUGGGAAGGUAAACGGUGUUUCCAUACGCUGCUCUGGUUCGCCAGAAAUGGCUUAGUCAUGCUGGCCACAUGACCCGGAAGCUGUACGCCGGCUCCCUCGGCCAAUAAAGCGAGAAGAGCGCCGCAACCCCAGAGUCAGCCACGACUGGACCUAAUGGUCAGGGAUCCCUUUACCUUUAGUCCCAUUAAGGAUCUGGUUGGUCCCUGUGAGAAAAGGAUGCUGGGCGAGACACACCCAUUUGACCUGCUCCAUCGUCUUCUGCAUGCAUUGAGGAACGCGAUGCCUCUAACUCUGCACUUUUGUCCUCUUUGCAAGAUGCCCGGAGUCUAUUUUGGUUGAGAAUUGUGUGACUAAUAAUAAAUAAAUAAACGAGCUCUGCCUCUUGGACCUUCCCUUUCAGCCCAUGGACCAAGCUUCCCUGAAAAACAGCGAUGUCUUCAUCCUGACCGGCCUCACCCAGAUUCCCACCGCAAAUCCCGACGGCAUGGUGGGAGAAUUCUGCAGUAACCUUGGUAAGGUGGCCGUGGGGUGUGUGUGUGUGUGUGUGUGGCAGCGAUGGCCGUGUUGUUGCUGGUUGGGUUGGGUUGGGUUGGGGUUCUUUUGCCACUGCUUGCUUUAUAAUCUGACUCAUAACCCCAUGUGGGAAAUCGCUCCGAGAUUCCCGGAACAGAAGUAACUGCUUGACUCCCUCUCUCCCUCUCCCUGGCAUAAAACUAGCAGUUGAGAUUUUUUACGAUGUGCCUUUGCCUCCCUCAUUAAUACAGUAAGUGCUUUUGAGAGAUGCAAGUUGUACCUUAUGGAAGGCGGCUGGAGACGACACCCAGUCUUGGAACGGAACAGGCAUAAUGAGAUUGAAUCGCCCGCUCUCCUUGGCUCGCUAAGUGGGUGGCUUCCUUGCCAGCGGUUUGUGUUUUGACAAGGCUCUCCCGUCGACAGGUGGCCCUGCCGCUUCCUGGCUCCCUCUCGGCCAGUUUAACAUCUUCGCGUGUGCUUUGUUAAAAGUCAGCCUCCCGUUUCUCGAAAGGCGCAGUCGUCGCCAACACCUGGUGACCCAAAAGCCUGCGCAAGGUGGAGGCAGCGUAGCCCACAAGCUUGGUCUGCCCUUACAUAGAAUCACAGAAUGGUAGAGUUGGAAGGGACACCAGCGGUCAUCUAGGCCAACCCCCUGCAAUGCAGGAAUAAAUGGCCAGCUGAUUCCAUGUAGCUGCUGCUGACAGCCAAGCCAGAAAUGGUGGUUGUCAAGGCAGUGACAGGGAUUGGCCUAAGUGACCCUUUGGGUCCCUUCCAGCUCCACAUUCCAUGAAGACCCUAACCUUCCCCUUGGCACUGACCUUGUCCAGGAUCUCUGCAUGAAGUUAGGAUCAGUCCUGGGCUCCCCUCCCUAGAUCCAAGCUUGAGGAAGAGAGCUCAGUAGCAGAGUGCAGGCUUUGCAUGCAGAAUCUCUGGCGUCAAUCGAUGGAUUCAAUCUAUGGUGUGGAUAUUAACACUGAAAUGAUUGGAUGCAUAUAAACGGACUCCUCUUGGAAUAAGAUAGUCUAGGCCCAUUUGUCUGAUGCAAAACUUCACUUGCAGAGCUUUCUUCAAAACAGAACAAAAAAACCCCACACCCAGUAAAUGAUAAAUUUACACCAUAAAUAUAUUGUGGUGUUCAGCAGGGGCUCAUCGCCUUAGAAAUAAAAAAUAAUUCCAGACAGACCUAAAAGCAUAGGUUUCUAUCUUCCUUCAGCCUCCAUUUUGCCUAGAUCUGUAUUGACUCCCUUCAGGAGAGUCUCAGAGCCUGAGAACAAAAAGCCAACGGCACCAGCCUUUCAAGGUGGCCAGUUUGCCAUUCAAUAGCCUCUCAUGUGAUCUAAGGUUAAACACACACAGGUUGGCUAGCAGGAAGCUCUUAGUAUACCUCUGUGGAAUUUCCCCGUGUUAAACCUUUCCAGCAAUACACACAGGCGUUCUCCAUUUCAUUGUCAAUUAAGCAAUUAUACUUGACAAAGGCUAGGGAAGACUCCCUGGCUAAAACUCCUGCCAGUCAGGGGAGACCCAUUGGCCUGCCUCUGAAUAAGGUACUUUUCUUCCCUAAAAUAACAUCAAGGCCUCGAUGGCUUUAAAAUUGGAUUAGACCCACUCAUGGAGGAGGAGAAGACGUUUGAUGGCUACUAGCCACAAUCGGAGGCAGCAGUGCUUCUGAAUACCAGUUUGAUUGAAUCCUGCUUCAAUGGCUUUAAGCCCUCUUGGGUAUUUUGUCGGAUUGUGACCCUCGGCUUUUUAUCAGGCUGCUAUUAUAAGCUAAAAGGGACGCAGGUGGCGCUGUGGUCUAAACCACUGAGCCUCUUGGGCUUGCCAAUCAGAAGGUCGGCAGUUUAAAUCCCUGCGAUGGGGUGAGCUCCCGUUGCUCUGUCCCAGCUCCUCCCAACCUAGCAGUUGGAAAGCACGCCGGUUCAAGAAGAUAAAUAGGUACCACUGUGGCGGGAAGGUAAACAGCGUUUCCGUGCUCUCUGGCAUUCAUCAUGAUGUCCUGUUGCACCAGAAGUGGUUUAGUCAUGCUGGCCACAUGACCCAGAAAGCUGUGGACAAAUGCUGGCUUCCUCGGCCUGAAUUGACUUUGACUGGACUUAACCAUCCAGGGGUCCUUUACCGUUAUUAUAAACAGGCAUGUUGUCUUUUAAGUUUUGGGUUUUUGUUUUGUAUUUUGUAUUUCCCCGGAUGGCUUUAAGUACUGUCCCAAGUUUUUCUGGUCCAAAUUGGAUUUCUUCCAUUUAAACUGAGACUUUGAUUUAAGUUAAUAGGUUUUUUUUAAUUUUGGACCCUUGUCCCUCUUUGCAUAUAGCAGAGGUUUUCAACCUUUUUGGGUUCACGGCUCCCUUGACCAACUGCAUUCUUUCUGCGGCACCCCUGGGGGGCUCAGGAGCCUAGUUAUGUCACCCCUUGCCUGCAGAGCCGGCAGCCCCUCGCCCUUUUUCAAACACCCUCCCUGGUGGAGUGUUCCCUCAGCCUCCUCUCCCCUGGGCAAAUUCAGCUGCCGCCCCUGGUCUCUGAUCUUUUCCAGCCCAAAGUGAGAUGCCUCCUCACACUGCCCCACAGGUGCCGGGCAAGCACCCCCUGGCCAGCCCCAGUGCCACCAUUCGCCUGCGGAGCUUGUAGCCAGGGCUGCUGCAACAAACAGCUGUGCAAUAAUAAUAAUAAUUUAUUAUUUAUACCCCGCCCAUCUGGCUCGGCUUCCCCAGCCACUCAGGGCGGCUUCCAACCAAAUAUUAAAUACAGUAAUACAUCAAACAUUAAAAGCUUCCCUAAACAGGGCUGCCUUCAGAUGUCUUCUAAAAGUUUGGUAGUUGUUGUUCUUUUUGACAUCUGGUGGGAGGGCGUUCCACAGGGUGGGCGCCACUACCGAGAAGGCCCUCUGCCUGGUUGCCUGUAACUUGGCUUCUUGCAGUGAGGGAACUGCCAGAAGGCCCUCAGAGCUGGACCUCGGUGUCCAGGCUGAACAAUGGGGGUGGAGACGCUCCUUCAGGGAUACUGGGCCAUUUAGGGCUUUCAAGGUCAACGCCAACACUUUGAAUUGUGCUCAGAAACGUACUGGGAGCCAAUGUAGGUCUUUCAAGACCGGUGUUAUGUGGUCUCAGUGACUGCUCCCAGUCACCAGUCUAGCUGCCACAUUCUGGAUUAGUUGUAGUUUCCGGGUCACCUUCAAAGGUAGCCCCGUGUAGAGCACAUUGCAGUAGUCCAAGUGGGAGAUAACUAGAGCAUGCACCACUCUGGCGAGACAGUCUGCGGGCAGGUACGGUCUCAUCCUGCGUACCAGAUGGAGCUGGUAAACACCUGCCCUGGACACAGAAUUGACCUGUGCCUCCAUGGACAGCUGUGAGUCCAGAUUGACUCCCAGGCUGCAUACCUGGUCCUUCAGGGGCACAGUUACCCCAUUCAGGACCAGGGAGUCCUCCACACCCACCCGCCUGCUGUCCCCCCAAAACGAUACUUCUGUCUUGUCAGGAUUCAGCCUCAAUCUGUGCAAGCCUUGGGGAGGCAGAGACAUGAGAGGGCACCAGAGGAGGGAGGGAAGGAAGGAAAGAGGGACGGAGGCCUUGUACCAUCGUUCAAGGCACCCCAGGAUGCCAUGGCAUGCUGGUUGAAAACCACUGGCAUAUAAUAAUUGUAUUCCCUGCUUAUUGUUGUGGACUUUGGUGAAGACGAUAAAAUGCAUAGCACAGAAAAAGGGGUGUUCUGGCCCCAGCCAAUGUAACUAAACCCAAAAGACAUAAGUGGGUUCAGAAGCUUAAACAAUGCGAAAUGCUUCUACAUACUAUAGGAAGAUGAAGUACAAUUUUAAUCCAGCGUCAAAAGAUGAAAAUGUAAUCAAAGCAGAUGAAAUUACAAAGAUGGCACAAUAACAAAUUGACUUUGCUAUUCGGGUCAAAGCCUGAUCCAACUCUCCAUAUCGACCGAUAGAUGACUACAAAAUUUGUCAGAGGCCAGUAGUCAAAAUAGAUCAGAUUACAAAUACAAUAUAAUAACAAAUAGACUUGCCAAAGCAUGAUCAAAAUCCUUAUAUGACUAAUAGAUGACUACAAAAUUUGACAAAGGCCCGAUGCGCUUCGACCCAAUUGGUCAGGAGAAAAUUAUUAAACGCAACUUGGUCACAGAGAAUUGGUUAGUCUGUCGAGACCUUAAAGUGACCAUAUAUCCCUUUAAUUUACAUCUACAAAGUGAAUCUCUCCCUCUCUCUCUCUCUCUCUCUCUCUCUCUCUCUCUGUCUGUUGGUUUAUAGAGAAACAUAGCAACAGCUGCUAUUACAUAUUUAGAAUUAACCAGCAAAUUAAUUUUCACCAUCGGAAAAGCUGUUUAUUUUUGAGCUGUAUGAUGUCGUGGGUGUGAACAGCAUCACUUAGCAUCCUGCUCAAAAUGUGCCUUGGAAGGGCAAGGCCACCAGUGGCUAUUAGCUGUCUGUCGUGGCUACAUUCUCCCCCCACUGUCGGAGGGUUGUGAGUUUGAGCCCCACAUUGGACAAGAAAUUCCUGCAUUGACGGUGUUGGACUAGAUGACCCUCGUGGUCCCUUCCGAUUCUGUGACGGGAAGCUGAGAAUAAAGUUUCCUGGGUGGUGAAUUCCUUGCAACGUCAUUUCUGACCCUGGAACCCCUUGAGAGGGUAAAUUUGUGCUUCCUUGGCUAUUUAAUGCACACCGCGUGACUUGGCUCCCUUCAUGGAUCACUGCCUUGCCGUGGCGAAGGGGCUUGAAUAACUUUACUUUCUUGGGCUCCGUGAUCACUGCAGAUGGUGACAGCAGCCAUGAAAUUAAAAGACGCCUGCUUCUUGGGAGAAAAGCAAUCACAAACCUAGACAGCAUCUUAAAAAGUAGAGACAUCACCUUGCCAACAAAGGUCCGUAUAGUAAAAGCUAUGGUUUUCCUAGUAGUGAUGUAUGGAAGUGAGAGCUGGACCAUCAAGAAGGCUGAUCGCCGAAGAAUUGAUGCUUUUGAAUUCUGGUGUUGGAGGAGACUCUCGUGAGUCCCAUGGACUGCAAGAAGAUCAAACCUCUCCAUUCUGAAGGAAAUCAGCCCUGAUUGCUCACUGGAAGGACAGAUCCUGAAGCUGAGGCUCCAAUACUUUGGCCACCUCAUGAGAAGAGAAGACUCCCUGGGAAAGACCCUGAUGUUGGGAAAGAUGGAGGGCACAAGGAGAAGGGGAUGACAGAGGAUGAGAUGGUUGGAUAGUGUUCUCGAAGCUACCAGCAUGAGUUUGACCAAACUGCAGGAGGCAGUGGAAGACAGGAGUGCCUGGCGUGCUCUGGUCCAGGGGGUCACGAAGAGUCGGACACGACUAAACGACUAAACAACAACAACAACACGUGACUUGGCUCACUUCCUUGAGUCGUCUGUUGGCAUUCUGACGGUGGCACUGUUGUCGUCUGGAUUAUAUCGUUUGCUGGUAAGCGCACACCUCAGAGCCAGGGUUUAGACAAUGUGGUGCCCACCAGAUGUUGCUGGACUCCCUUCAGCCACACCUGGCAUGACCCAGUGUUCAGGGAUGCUGGGAAUUGUAGUUCAGGAACAACAGCAGCUCACCACCUUGGCUACAGAGCCUUAGAAGAACAGAGCAUUUUCUGCCGGUUUUUCCUCCAUGGUUCUCAGGAUCUGCCUCCAUGCCCAGCUGAGUAUCAGAAUUUUAUUUUUUCCCCAAGGGUUUGACAUGAGAUGUUUCUGGCUUCUCUUGCUUUUGCUGCCAGAGCUGUAAAAGCUCCCAACUUGCAUUUUUUUUCCACAUUUUGGAGCUCUUCUGCCCUCUUCAGGAAAAGGACGUGACUACAUUGGAACCUUGAUGGCAGAAAGUCAGGAGGAAUUAAAGAACCUUUUAAUGAGGGUGAAAGAGGAGAGCGCAAAAUAUGGUCUGAAGCGCAACAUCAAAAAAACGAAGAUCAUGGCCACUGGUCCCAUCACCUCCUAGCAAAUAGAAGGGGAAGAAAUGGAGGCAGUGAGAGAUUUUACUUUCUUGGGCUCCAUGUUCACUGCAGAUGGUGAAAGCAGUCACAAAAUUAAAAGAUGCCUGCUUCUUGGGAGAAAAGCAAUGACAAACCUAGACAGCAUCUUAAAAAGUAGAGACAUCACCUUGCCAACAAAGGUCCAUAUAGUGAAAGUUAUGAUUUUCCCAGUAGUGAUGUGUGGAAGUGAGAGCUAGACCAAAAAGAAGGCUGAUCGCCGAAGAAUUGAUGCUUUUGAAUUCUGGUGCUGGAGGAGACUCUUGAGACUCCCAUGGACUGCAAGAAGAUCAGACCUCUCCAUUCUGAAGGAAAUCAGCCCAGAGUGCUCACUGGAAGGACAGAUCCUGAAGCUGAGGCUCCGAUACUUUUGCCACCUCAGGAGAAGAGAAGACUCCCUGGGAAAGACCCUGAUUUGGGAAAGAUGGAGGGCACAAGGAGAAGGGGAUGACAGAGAACGAGAUGGUUGGAUAGUGUUCUCGAAGCUACCAGCAUGAGUUUGACCAAACUGCAGGAGGCAGUGAAAGACAGGAGUGCCUGGUGUGCUCUGGUCCAUGGGGUCACGAAGAGUCGGACAUGGCUAAACGACUAAACAACAACAACAAAUUGGAACAGACCAGAUAGCCAUCUUCAAAUAUCUUAAAGGCCGUCACAUGGAAGAGGGAACAUGUUGUUUUCUCCUGCUCUGGAGAGUAGGACUCAAACCAAUGGAUUCAAGUUGCAAGAAAGGAGAUUCCGACUUAACAUCAGGAAAAACUUUCUGACAGUAAGAGCUGUGUGACAGUGGAACGGUCUCCCUCGGGAGGUUUUUCGUUGGAGGUUUUUAAGCAGAGGUUGGAGGGCCAUGUGUCAUGGAUGCCUUAGCCGACAUUCCUGCAUUGCAGGGGUUGGACUAGAUGACCCUUAGGAUCCCGUAAGAUUCUGUUAUCAGCACACAGGAUGAAAUUGUCAAGACAAACACAAAAGCAUCACAUGCCCUCUGCUUCACCAUUGCUGCAAUUCCUUCAUGGAAACUGCGUGUAGCUUUUCAGAUGUGAGGAAUUACAUUAUGUGAUUCUAGUGAUGUCAUAAACCUAAAUCCAUUUAUUAAUUUUUUUGUCCCCAGGCCCAAAUGCAGUUUCCCCCCACCUUUUAUUGGGUUCAGGAGCAGAGGUGGUAAAUGUUUAAAAGGAAUAAUGGGGAAAGAACGGACGAGAGAACCAGAGAUAUCUCUCCUUUAAUCUAACAGUAGACAGGAUAUUAAACUUCCACCCGCUGGAUCUUGAGAGAAGACGGUGCUCUGAAAAUAUUGGUGCAAUGCCUGUGUAACAGCAGCAGGUGUUUUUUGUUUAAAGGACGAUUGCAGCAUUUGGAAAGACAGGGUUGCCAACUUGCCAUACGACCGGGAAUUCCUGGACGUGUCCUCUUUUGCAGGUCCUAAAUACCCAUCCAGUGUAUUUUACAUUUUAGAGCAAAUGUCCUGGAGUUGGGGUUUAAAAAAUAAAAUAAAAAAGUGCUCAGGCUACUCUGGGUUCAGACUCUGGCUCUGGCAAUUUGGGCUCGGAUUUUGUGUCCGGCUUUUUACCUCUUGAAAUAUGGCAACUCUAGGAAAAAGGCAAGGAAAAGGAAUUGUAAAUGAAGCAACGAAGAUCUCUGCCCGUGUGAAUUCUCAUUUGGAAUUCUGUGUGCAGUUCUGGUCUCUCUGCAUCUUAAAAAUGAUCUAGUAAAAAAGUAGGGAAGGAUCAGGAGAUUGAAAGCUGGCAGGGAAUAUGGAAACCAGUCCAUUGCGAAGGCCGGUUAAGUGAUGGCAGCAAUUUUGGACAAUGGAGCAAUUGAAAGCACCUAGACGUGUAAACCUUGUUUUAUUUUUCUUAUGUUCUUAUUUAUUUAUUUAUUUAUUGUUGUUGUUUAGUCGUUUAGUCGUGUCUGACUCUUUGUGACCCCCUGAACCGGAGCACGCCAGGCACUCCUUUCUUCCACUGCCUCCCGCAGUUUGGUCAAACUCAUGCUGGUAGCUUCAAGAACACCGUCCCACCAUCUCGUCCUCUGUCGUCCCCUUCUCCUUGUGCCCUCCAUCUUUCCCAACAUCAGGGUCUUUUCCAGGCAGUCUUCUCUUCUCAUGAGGUGGCCAAAGUAUUGGAGUCUCAGCUUCAGGAUCUGUCCUUCCAGUGAGCACUCAGGGCUGAUUUCCUUCAGAAUGGAGAGGUUUGAUCUUCUUGCAGUCCAUGGGACUCUCAAGAGUCUCCUCCAGUACCAUAAUUCAAAAGCAUCAAUUCUUCGGCGAUCAGCCUACUUUAUGGUCCAGCUCUCCCUUCCAUACAUCACUACUGGGAAAACCAUAGCUUUAUGGAUCACUGCCUUGCCAUGGUGAAGGAGCUUGAAUAACUCAGAGAAGCUAUGAGCUAUGCCGUGCAGGGCCACCCAAGAUGGACAGGUCAUAGUGGAGAGUUUGACCAAACGUGAUCCACCUGGAGCAGGAACCAGCAAGCCACUCCAGUAUCCCUGCCAAGAAAACUCCAUGGACGAAGACAACAGGCAUAUUUAUUUAAUACGUUUUACUUAUUAAACUCACCUCUGAAUGCUGCCAGCAACUGUAAGCACUUCAUGCAGGAGUUUGGCUUAUUUAUAUGAAGGCCAACGGGAAGAUGUCACAAAGCUGGCAAUAUUGUUAAAAAAUCUCAAUAAAUCCCUCCCCUCUCUUUUUGAUAUUUUAUUUAUUAUACUUUUCAAGUUUAUACAUUUCACUAAUUUUACAUUCAUUUUGACAUUUAGAAACUUGACUUCCAUCCCCCUCUUUCUGCAGUUCCUUAAAUUUGUAUUUGAUAUCUUCUGCAUAUCCAAAUUAACUUAAUUUGCUCAUCUAUUCAUCAUCUUUAAAUAUAUGCCCGUAUAAAAGUGCAGUCAUCCUGCCAAUGUUUAUAUCUGUUUAAAAAUUAUCUGUAAAUAUUCAAUAAACCAUUUCCAUUCUUUUAUUUAAAAAAUUGGUUGUCUUGAUUUCUUAUUAUUCCGGUAAGUUUUGCCAUUUCUGCAUAUUCCAUAAGUUUUUGUAUCCACUCUUCCUUCAGUGGGACUUCUGCUUCUUUCCAUUUUGGGGCAGGUAACAUUCUUGCCCCCGUAGUCGCAUACAUGAAUAGGUUUCUGUACAGUUUAGGUAGUUCUGUCCCUAUAAAUCCCAAAAGAAAAGCUUCUGGGUUUUUUUUACAAAGGUAAUUUUAAACAUCCUCUUCAUUUCAUUAUAUAUCAUUUCCCAUCUUUUUUAAGGAAUAAGAUAUGAGUUGUUCGGGGGGGCAACAUAGACAAUGGGGCAGCGGAUAUUAUAGAGCAGACUUCACAAACCUCGCGCCCUCCAGAUGUUUUGAACUACAACUCCCAUCAUCCCCAGCGAGCACAGUGUACACGACGCUUUUUUUGGUUAAAAAAAGAGAGAGGUGCCAGUACUCUGAACCAUUGAGUGCCAUUAAAAAAGAAAACUGAAUAGUUAUUCAGGUCCACAUACCUAUGGGACCGCCUCUCCUGGUAUGCCCUGCGGAGGAUAUUAAGGUCCACAAAUGAUAACAUUUUGGAGGUCCCAAGUCGCAAGGUGGUUAGAUUGGUCUCAACUAGGGCCAGGGCCUUUUCAGUACUGGCCCCGACUUGGUGGAACGCUCUGUCCCAAGAGACUAGGGCCCUGCGAGACUUGACAUCUUUCCGCAGGGCCUGCAAGACAGAGCUGUUCCGCCUGGCCUUUGGUUUGGACUCAGUCUGACCCUUAUGUUUCCCUCCCCUUAUGGUUUUGAUCUAUGAGCUACUUUUUAAAUGAGGCUGCAUUUUAAAUUGCAUUUUAACCUGUAUUUUAAAUUGGUUUUUGUUUUUUGUCCAUCCCCCCCAUUAUGUUUUUAAUGUGAUUUUAUUGGUGUUAGCCGCCCUAAGCCCGGCUCUGGCCGGGGAGGGCGGGGUAUAAAUAAAAAUUAUUAUUAUUAUUAUUAACUCUUCCCUAUUCACUAACUCAAAAACAUGUCCUUGCUCUUUGUUAAGCUUUGACCGUUCGGAAUGGGGGGAACGUCCUGGUCCCCUGCUACCCGUCUGGCGUGAUCUACGAUCUUCUCGAGUGCCUGUACCAGUACAUCGACUCUGCCGGCCUUUCCAACGUCCCCUUCUACUUCAUCUCGCCAGUGGCAAACAGCUCCCUCGAGUUCUCCCAGAUCUUUGCCGAGUGGUAAGUAUUGGCAGCAAAGAGGUACCCCAUGGCUGGGUGGAGGGGUACCUCCGACACAGGAAGAAAGAGGGUGGGAGAGCAAAGCUACUACAGUGGUACCUUGGUUCUCAAACUUAAUCCAUUCCAGAAGUCCGUUCCUAAACCAAGUUGCGCUUUCCCAUAGAAAGUACAGUGGACACUCAGGUUGCGAAAGUGAUAAUAAUAAUAAUUUAUUAUUUAUACCCCGCCCAUCUGGCUGGGUUUCCCCAGCCACUCUGGGUGGCUUCCAACAAAACACUAAAAUACAAUAACCUAUUAAACAUUAAAAGCUUCCCUAAACAGGGCUGCCUUCAGAUGUCUUCUAAAAGUUUGGUAGUUAUUUUUCUCUUUGACAUCUGGUGGGUGGGUGGGUGUUCCACAGGGUGUGCGCCACUACCGAGAAGGCCCUCUGCCUGGUUCCCUGUAACUUGGCUUCUCGUAGUGAGGGAACCGCCAGUGAUCCAUAGUGAUCCGUGUGGGAUGCACGUUCGCAACCCGCAGCGCCGCGUCUGCGCACGCACGGGUUGCGAUUCGGCGCUUCUGCACAUGCUCAAAGGGCAAUUUAGUGCUUCUGCGCAUGUGCGAUUGCUGAAACCCGAAAGUAACCCAUUCCGGUACUUCCAGGUUUCGGCGCGUCCGUAACCUGAAAAAACGCAACCUGAAGCGUCUGUCACCCGAGGUAUGAGUGUAAUGCAAAAUGGAUUAAUCUGUUCCAGACUUUUAAAAGCAACCCCUAAAACAGCAAUUUAACAUGAAUUUUGCUGUCUAACGAGACCAUUGAUCCAUAAAAAGAAAGCAAUAAACAAUGUACUGCAGUCACACAAUCAGUCAAUCAGUAGCUGAACUGGGUUCCACACAGUCACACACACAAAAAAGAGCCACAAAAACGCAAAAUAAAUAGUGAAAACAGACAGACCUCAGCGUAAGGCUCAAAAUGGAAGUGUGGCACUCAAAACAGAAGCAUAACACUCAAAACAGAGCACAUUCAGCUUCUGGAAAAUGUUCGCAAACCGGAACACUUACUUCCGGGUUUACAGUGUUUGGGUUCCAAGUUGUUUGAGUACCAAGGCGUUUGAGAACCAAGGUACCACUGUAUUCUGAAAAAUGCUUUUUUUAUGGGAUAGGACAGUGGUUUUUGACCAGUGUGCCGUGGCACCCUGGGGUGCCUUGAAGGAUGGUCAGGGGUGCCCUGGGCAACACUGGCCUCUGUCCCUCUUACUUUCCCUCCCUCCUCUGUUGAACCUCUCGCGUCUCUGCCUCCCAAAGACUUGCACAGCUGUUUGUUGCAGCAGCCCUGGCUCCAAGCUCCGCAGGCGAAUGGUGCCUCUGGGGCUGGCCAGGGCGUGCUGGGUGCCAGGAACAGAGGCAGCCUCGGAGUAGGCAAGCAAGCGGGCGAGGGUGCCCAGCCAGCCAGUCCACCAGCCCUUGUUUUGGGGAAUGGAUGGACAAGUGGGAGGCCGGGCAGACAGGAGGGCACCACGCUGACCCUUCUUCGUGCUUGCCCUGUGCAAGGGCUGCCUGGGAGCUGAGUGCCUGAAUUUCCACCAAUUCAGGCCUGACAGCGCCUGCUGCUGCCUCUGCUGCUUCCCAAGGUGAGCAGGGUGCUGGCCUCACAUUCACCGUUAGCCAGUCUCCGUCAGGCCACAAGGUCUGGGGGCAUCCUUUCCCCAGGCCCCUGUGGGGCGGCGGGUGGCUCAGAGAUCAGGGGCAGUGGCGGCAUCUGCCCAGAGGACUCGCAAGGAGAGAGGAGAGGAGGCUGAGGGAACGCUCCACCAGGGAGGGUGUUCGAAAAAGGGCAAGAGGCUGCCAGCUCUUCAGGCAAGUGGGGAAUUUUUUUUUUUAAUUGCAUUUUAUUUAUUUGUUAACAUUCUUAUAUUACAUCAGUAAACGUUGUCAUAUUACAUUACAGGACUUCCUGUAAUAUAAUUUCCAACAUGUAUACAAAAAUUAUAUACAAAUUUUAUGUACCUAGAAAGAAAAUGAAACCAAAAAAAAAGGAAAGAGAAAAAACAAAAACACAUUUCCCCCCAAAAUCAUAUACCGUAUUUUUCGCUCUAUUGGAUGCACCGGACCACAGGACGCACCUAGUUUUUAGAGGGGGAAAUCAAGGGAAAAAAUAUUAUUCCCCCCCCCCCCAGCCCCAAAGAGCAAAGAAGCCAAGUGGGAUCCAUAGCCGUGCAACCUCUCCAGCCAGGAGCUAAACCUCUCCAGCACGGCUAAAGAAAAAGACAAGGCAGCGAGUUUGCUGGCUUGGCUUCCUCUUUAGCCUUGCGCAGCAUCUUUAGCCUUGUUCAAUGGGAUGGAUCGCGCCCACUGUCCACCAGGGCUGGACUAGAUGACUCCUGCGGUUCCCUUCCAACCCUGCAAUUCUAUGACCUCGGAAGGUGUUGGGGGUCUCCACCACUGGAGGCUUUCAUGCAGCAGUUGGGGGACCAUCUGCCUGGCGUUCUUUAGCUGUGAUUCCUACAUUGUGAGGGGGCUGGGCUAGAUGACCCUUGGGUGGCCCUCCCAACUCUAUACAGUCCUACAAUUCUGCGGCAGGAGAUCCACAGCCACUUCACACAAUGCCCACUCCCAAUUUUCAUUGGAGAGACAUGUGGCUUCAGUGUCUAGGUAGCUACCCCCCAACCUGCCACUCUUCCCCCACCCCACUUAAGCCGAGGGAAUUCCUGCCCAGAGAAGCUCCCAGGUGAGGCAAGGGUUAAGAUCUACCUCUGGUAAAUGGCUUUGUAUCCCCCCUCUUUCCCUUUUCUCUUCUUCUUCUAUGCUAUUUCCUUCUUUUGUGUUUUGUUUAAUCUGUUUUUAUUGUAUACUAAAAUAAAAGCUGCAAAGUUUCCUUUUUUAUAAUAUCCCCCCCUCCAAGCUAAAACGUUAAUCUAGAUAAAAACACUGAUCCAGAGGAAAAGAAGGGGGUGGAGAAAGGACAAAAAAAGAAAAAGAGGUAGAGAUAGAGAGAUUUUUUUAAAAGUUGGCUUCUUUAGCCUUGCGCAGCCUCCCGCGGCUGGAGAGGUGCGCAAUGCUAAAGAGGAAGCCAGGGCAGCGAGGGGAUGGAUCGCACUCGCUGCUCUGGCUUACUCGUAAACCUUGCCCCGCCUCCCGCGGCUGGAGAGGUUGCGCAAGGCUUUUCCCCAGGAGGGAGAAGGGACUGACUGGCCCUUCUCCCUCCUGGGGAAAAGCCCGCAAGAGCGGCGCGACGCUUGUGUGUGGCUCUUGGGGGCUUUUCCUGCCUGCCUCCCCCCCUGCAUUCGCUCCAUAGGACAUACAGACUUUUCCCCUUAGUUUUUAAGACGGGAAAAGUGUGUCCUAUGGAGCGAAAAAUACGGUACAUACCAACACGCUAGACUUCCUGUCUUUCCCAUUGUAUAUUCCUUUUUUUAUAAAUGAAUGUACUCUUAUUAUUGUAUAUUUCAUUACAUAUUAUCUAAUACAUUCCAAUAUCAAUAUGUGCUCUUAGCCUUAUUUCUCAACUCAGUCUCACUCCGACGUCAAUCGAAUGCUAGCACAGAUAGCGAAACUUUACUGUAUUUUUGAACAUAUGUUUUAUAUCUAUCCCACUUUUCCAUAAAUUUUUGUUUUGAAUUGCCUCUCAGGGUAUUUGUUAACUGCGCCAUUUCAGGCAAGCAGGGGACAUAACUGGGCUCCUGAGCCCCCCAGGUGGGCCGCAGAAAGAAUGCAGUUGGUCAAGGGAACCGUGGACUCGAAAAGGUUGAAAACCUCUGGGAUAGGGGGAACUGGGGAUGAGUUUAUGGGACCAAAGGAGGGUGGUCCACAAAAGUUUGGGAACUGCUGGGCUACACAAUACUGCCAGCUGCCAGCACAGAACUUCUCUGCUUGGUUGGGAGAUUUGAGCACUAGGUGGCAGUGCUGAACUGCAAUGGGUUUUAGGAUGGGUUUGUAAAUCUGGCUUGUUUUUCUCUCUGUUUUUCUCUUUCUCUCUCUCCCUCCGCCUUUCAGGCUGUGUCACAAUAAGCAGACGAAGGUGUACCUGCCAGAACCACCCUUCCCUCAUGCGGAGGUAAGAAAAUUGCCCUGCCCACCCGAUCCCAUCUCACGCAGGAGGGUGGGUGGAAGGGACGAGGGAGAAAUUCCAGUCAGUUUGCAUUUACAGUGGACGCUCAGGUUGUGAACGUGAUCUGUGCGGGAUGCACAUUCGCAACCCGCAGCUUUCGCAACCUGCAGCUGUGCGUCUGCGCAUGCGCGGGCUGCGAUUCAGCGCUUCUGCGCAUGCGCGACCGCCGAAACCCGGAAGUUACCCGUUCCGGUACUUCCAGGUUUCGGCGGUCCGUAACCCAAAAAAACCGCAACCUAAAGCGUCUGUGGCGCUGUGGGUUAAACCACAGAGCCUAGGACUUGCUGAUCAGAAGGUCGGCGGUUCGAAUCCCCGCGAUGGGGUGAGCUUCUGUUGCUCGGUCCCUGCUCCUGCCAACCUAGCAGUUCAAAAGCACAUCAAAAUGCAAGUAGAUAAAUAGGUACCGCUCUGGCAGGAAGGUAAACAGCGUUUCCGUGCACUGCUCUGGUUCGCCAAAAGCGGCUUAGUCAUGCUGGCCACAUGACCUGGAAGCUGUCUGCAGACAAACGCCGGCUCCCUUGGCCUAUAGAGCGAGAUGAUCGCCGCAACCCCAGAGUCGGCCACAACUGGGCCUAAUGGUCAGGGUUCCCUUUACCUUUAAAGCGUCUGUAACCCGAGGUAUGAUUGUAAAGGGCUUUCCAAAACAGUACAAGGCCAGAACGCGGCCCUCUUCCGGAAUUCACACUUCCCCGAAUUUUGCAGCGCCUCCGGCCAGCAUCUGCCGGGGUAAAGCGUGCAUAAAAAGGCAUAUGAUAGUGAAACGCAUUUUAGGGGAAAUUGCUUUGCAAAGAUACGUAGUUCUGCAGAAUUUCAUAAACUUCCAGAAAUGUCUUCCUCCCUUAAAAGAAUAAAAAAGUUUAGCUAAGAGUCUCCAGAUGCAGAAAAAGUUCUCUGCCAAUUGUCGCAUUUUAAGGAUUCACCAUUCAGUUGCAGGGGACUCUGUCGUUACUGAGAAGCUCUGUGGCUCUUUCUGAUGAUGCUAUUUGGCGCCUCUCAGAGGGAUGUGGCUGAAACGUCAUAACUGGGCAGUGGUUCGGUCGCUACACUUACUUUAUUUUUCCAGUUCUCCACAUAUAGCUAAUUUGGGGGUUAUUUUGAGUCCCCAGAUAUGAAAGGGCCAGUACUGCCUCCUCUCAUGUUCAAACCCAUAAGUGCUAAUAUAGGCUUGCCAGAUUUCAAGAAGUAAAAACCCUAGCAUGGAAAAUGGCCUUUUCCCCUCCCACUAAGGGCAGCCAGAGUGAGCAAGGGACAUGAAUUCAACCCACAGAGCACCUGCUUCCUUAUCAAUCUUCAAAAGGAGGUUUGAAAUUUCUGGGCGCGCAGACUCACACAAAAUGAAUUGCCCGUGUAUUUUGGCCUUGCCAAAGACAGCAUCCUAGAUUUCUCUGAUUUGCAGCCUUUCUCAUUGACCUUCCGAAUACUGCAGGGACAAAAGUUGUUUUUAUUGCCACCGGUUUAAUCACCGCACUGCUUAGAGAUGCCCUUGACAUCCAUUCUCCUCUUUCAGAAAUAUAUGCCUAGGUCCACUUUCAGAAAUAUAUGCCUAUGAAGCGUAUGCUCCAUCUUUCCGUCAUGGGGAUUCGAACCGCCGACCUUCCGAUUGACAAGCCCAAGAGGCUCAAUGGUUUAACCCACAGUGCCACCCGUGGGGCAUAGGAAUUUGUUCAUUCCCCUCCAAAAAAAUAUAGUCCGGCCCCCCACAAGGUCUGAGGGACAGUGGACCGGCCCCCUGCUGAAAAAGCUUGCUGACCCCUGGUCUAGAUGACCCUCAGGGUCCCUUUCAAUAAUUCUAUGAUUUUAAUAACCCUUUUGAUAUUAUGUGCCUUUUAUUCGGCGUGUUUUGAGGUAAGGCUUCCUUUCAGGCGAGUCAAACCCCUGAGCAGGCUCACCCAGGCCACCUUCGGUGGAGAAAGAGAUAUCAAAACCUGCUUCAGAAAUCUCAUCCUUCCCUUACUAAUCCAUAGGCAAAUCUGACGGCAUUUAUGGCAUCUCACAAACCCCGCUUUCCUUGUUGUGGGAAAUGCCCGCCAGCACCUCUGAGGCAGGUCCAGCUUCCUUCGGGUUGUCUCUGAAAUUUCAAGAACUGCUUGCAGGGGUCUGUCUCUCCCCCCCCCCUUUCUUUCUCUCUCUCCCUCCAUGAAAUCCACAUUUUGAAGUAUAAUCCUCAUCUAGCACGUCCUUCGCUGGGCCUCCGACUCCCGUUGCUGGAGGUAACGCUUAGAUGUUGAAGAGCUGGCCUCGGCGGGUUCCGAGGAGAAAUCUCUUCCAUGCUUAAUUACAGGCACACUUGCAAGACGGAGGGCUUAUUAACUCCCAGCGUGGCUCGCAUGUGUGCAUUUAGAUUUAUCGCUAGGAAACGAGUGGGGGCGUGUUUCUGAGCAGCCAUCUUGUAGAAAGAGGAGGGCACACCAAAUAGCUCAUCAGAAUCCCACUCUUGGGGUUGUGGGUUCGAGCCCCACGUCAGGCAAAAAAAAUUCCUGCAUUGCAGGGGGUUAGACUACAUGGCCUUCAGGGACCCUUCUAACACUACAAUUCCACGAGGCCUCUCAGGUGGUUUCCACUGAGCCCAGGACCCAGCUGAUAACUGUCAGAUACCAGGGGCGCGGGAUCCUGCCUUGUAUUGAGUCAAACCAUUGGUCCACCCAGCUUACUGUUAGCUAAGUUAAACUGUGGAACUCCCUGCCACCAACCUAGAUGGCUUUAAAAGAGGACUAGACAAAUCCAUGGAGGAGGGCCUGCGAUGGCUAGUAGCUAGUGGUGUUGUUUGUGCUGUGAACAGCACAAUUACCCAGAAAGUUUUAUCAUUCCCAUCAAUAUACAGUGGUAUAUUGCGAGCCCCAUUCGCAUCCUGAACAGAACGUAAGAUGUGACAGCGCGUGUGUGGGUCGCGUUUCACCGCUUCCGUGCAUGUGUGUGAUGUCAUUUUGACCGUCUGCGCAUGCGCGAGCAGCGAAACCCGGAAGUAACACGCUCCGUUACUUCCGGGUCGCUGCAGAGCGCAACCCAAAAAUACUUAUCCUGAAGGGUAUUUAUCCUGAGGUAUGACUGUACAGUGAAACCUCGGUUGUCAAACGUAAUCCAUUCCAGAAGACCGUUCAACCUCCAAAACGUUUGACAACCGAGGCGCAAAAGGAGAAUGUCAAUUUCAGUGGUGAAAAUCGGGGGGGGGGGGAGACGCACAGCGGAAGCCGUUCGACUUCUGAGGCACAUUCAAAAAUGGAAGCAUUUACUUCCGGGUUUUCGGCGUUCGGGUUCCGAAAUGUUCGUCAAUGGAGAUGUUCGAUAACUGAGGUGUAUGAUUAUCGCUAUAACCUUGGCUUCUAAUACACGAGUUUACCUUCCAAUCUGAAAGAGUGUUUUAGCAUCGAUUGUAUACCUACUAUUUUAAAGCUAUCGAGACGAAUCGCUCGUUUGGAUCGUCGCUUUAUGCUUUGGAAUGAAUUCGCGCGCGGCUGUUUUUGCAGGGAUGUAUCGGCACGCGUUUUUGCCAGGACGCUUUGAACACGUUUGCGUGCAAGAGAGGCACGCGAGCUGAUUCCUAGGCAGCGAUAAAUAACUUGCGUCGAGAGCGGUGCUCGAAUGUCAAUAAAGGAAGAACGCGGGAAAGGGAAAGGAGGUUUCUGACAGCCUCCCUUCUCUCCUUCCAGCUCAUUCAGACCAACAAGCUCAAGCAUUACCCCAGCAUCCACGGAGACUUCAGCAACGACUUCAAGCAGCCCUGCGUGGUCUUCACGGGACACCCCUCGCUCCGGUUUGGGGACGUGGUGCAUUUCAUGGAGCUGUGGGGGAAGUCCAGCCUCAACACCAUUAUAUUUACAGGUAAGAGCCUGGCCGGGAGAGUGGAGUGUGGACUGACUCCAACUACAAAAGCUGAGGCUGUUGAACAGAUUCUUGGGCUGGAGUAUUGCUUAUGGAGAGAGCUUGUUGCUGUUACUGAUAUUAUUGUUGUAUCUUUAGUUAGAUCUUAUGGUUUACGUAGAAAUUGUUUCCGUUUGGCUGUUGUUUCCUCCAAACCGGAGGAGACCUUCCCCAAGGUUUGCGUGUGUUUUGUCCGAAUCCCUCUCUCUCUUUCCAUUUACAGAGCCCGACUUCUCCUAUCUCGAUGCCCUGGCUCCAUACCAGCCGCUGGCUAUGAAAUGCGUUUACUGCCCCAUCGACACCAGGCUGAACUUCAUCCAGGUCUCCAAACUACUCAAAGAAGUCCAGGUACACCAGGGCAGACCUCUCUCCACUUAACAGGCCUCGCUGCAGAGCCAAGCUGGGCUUUCCCACUAAACCAAGGCUAGGGCCUUCCAGGGCCAGCGAUGGUGGGACAUGGCAACAUCUCAAAGGCCACAGGCUCCCCAUUCCUGCCCCAAACACUUGGCCAUUUCCAAAACACAGCAGCUGUGUGUUGUAGAAUCAUAAGAGUUGAACAGGGCGUGGAAGGUCACCUGGCCCAACCGCAGAUUUGAUGCAGGUGGCAGCCUUUGCCUGAAGACCUCCAGCCCAGGAGAGGCCACUUACCCUUCCUAGGCAAUGGGUUCUAUUGUUGAACCUAUCUGACCGUCAUCGUCGGAGCCGUCUUUCCCAUAGGGUUUAGUGGCGCGUCGCGCCAGGGUGCCGGCCUCUCAGGGGCGCCCCAGCAAAUGGGGGGGCUGCGCGGCUUUGCUGGCAGCCUCCCCUUUCCCUGCAUGCCCGCCAGCUCCUCAGGAGGAGAGCAAUCCCUGCAAAGGCUUAGGAUGGAAGCUGCGCCCUGCAGGAAUGGGGGAAAUUUAUAACUUACCUUAAAGACCAUUGUGAACAGUUAAAAUUGUCACUAGGAUUGGAAUAUCACUUGUCGUUUAAGAGUGAAUUCUGGACACAACGGAGAUCUAAAAGAUUUGGAUUGUUCUAAAAGAUGCAGGAGGAAAUGAUGAAUGAUAGGACCCACAAAGGAGAGGAUGGAAGUCCAGGAGAUUCCUUGGAAUCUUGUUUUUAUGAUCUAUGUUCAAUAUAUGAUUGCAAAAUUUCAAUUUGAAAAACCAAAUAAGUAAAUUUAUUUAUUUUUUUAAAGAAGAAAGAGAUUCUUGCUUUGGUACAUGUAAACUGCCUUGUGAUCUUUGGAUGAAGGGCAACGUAUAAAAUAAAUGUAAUAAAUUCUAACAAGGCAUCUACCGCAGGGGCUUACGGAUCAGGGCAUGGAUGUGUGUCUGUCCCUUGACUCCUUAUUUUCCUCCCGUCUCCCCCCGGCAGCCUCUCCACGUUGUUUGUCCGGAGCAGUACACCCAGCCCCCUCCCACCCAGGCCCACCGCACGGACCUGAUGGUCGACUGUCUGCCCCCACCCAUGUCCUACCGCAGAGCUGAGGUGCUGACCCUCCCGUUCAAACGGCGCUACGAGAAGAUUGAAAUCACGCCAGAGGUGAGUGAGUGAAGGCGAACCAAGGUAUGGGGUGGAGGUGUGUUGGGGGGGGUGGGAACUAUCGGGAACUGGAAUGAAGAGGAAGGGGAAUGGUGGAGAUCGCCUCCCCCUUCUUCCGUAGCUGACAGGGAAGUGGGAGGCUGUGUAGAAUUACAGCUGAACUAUGAAGGAGAUAGGGACGCGGGUGGCGCUGUGGGUUAAACCACUGAUCCUAGGGCUUGCCGAUCAGAAGGUCAGCGGUUUGAAUCCCCGUGACGGGGUGAGCUCCCGUUGCUCGGUCCCAGCUCCUGCCCACCUAGCAGUUCGAAAGCAUGAAGUGCAAGUAGAUAAAUAAGUACCACUCUGGCGGGAAGGUAAACGGCGUUUCCGUGCGCUGCUCUGGUUCGCCAGAAGUGGCUUAGUCAUGCUGGCCACAUGACCUGGAAGCUGUACGCUGGCUCCCUCGGCCAAUAAAGCGAGAUGAGUGCCGCAACCCCAGAGUCGUCCACGACUGGACCUAAUGGUCAGGGGUCCCUUUACCUUUAUGAAGGAGAGAACAAGUCAGAUACAGGCGAGCAGCCAGGUUACGAGGUGUUAGGAGAAGCCGGGGCAGCGCGGGACAGAGCAGCCAGCAGACACUGUCAGGAGCUCGUCCUACACUCGAGUAGGACCCUGGCAGAGAGACAUGCCUAACUGGCAUGUUCUCUCCCUCCUGGUUGAUGGUUCGGGAACUUCAAAAGCUUUCUUCAGCCAGGACAUCACAGCGACCGAUGCCAACAGACAUCGGCACACUUAGGGAUCCACAGAGUGUUUGCAGUUUGCGUAACAGACCUCAGCAACUCAGCAUUUUGGCUAAUCUACUUUAUUUACAUAUAAACACACACGGAGCACUGCAACAUGGCUCCCUCUCUCUCUAGCAUCAGACAGCAAAGAGAAAGAACAAAGGACAAUAGUCCCACUUCACGGAACACAGUAACACAAACAUCCUGUCUCCGUCACUUCCCACUCUGUGGAGUCAAAACAUACACCGUCAUGUGAUAGACAACAAUCCCAUGACUGCAAUCACGGAGCAGGAAUUCUAACAGACACCAUUAGACAGCAUCAGAUCAGGGAUGUCCAACAGGUCGAUUGUGAUCUACCAGUCAAUCUUGGGGUGUCCCUUGAUUGAUUGUCCCCCAAAAGACAAAAAUUGAAAAGCUCAACCACUUUGGGUCUUCCUCCCCAGAAAAGCUCAACAACUUUGGUCAAUCCAAUGGGUAGAUCACUGCCAGUUUUUUUAUAGUGGAUUGCAGUCUCUCUGGAGUUGGAUGUGUCUGGCAUAGAUGAUCCGCUGUCCCAUAGAACACGACGUUCGUUAAGGUUGCAGGAGCAACAGACGCAGAGGCAUUUGACCACAGGGGGCCUCCGUAGGUUCAGAUUCUGUUGGGAGAGAGGGAAGGGCGAGGAGCCAGAGUGAACAACAUCCCUGACCGUGAGGACUUUGCCUCUGACCGUGAGGACUGAAUUAAUCAUAAGUAAGGCACAGGUGGCGCUGUGGGUUAAACCACAGAGCCUAGGACUUGCCAAUCAGAAGGUCGGCGGUUCGAAUCCCUGCGGCGGGGUGAGCUCCCGUUGCUCGGUCCCUGCUCCUGCCAAUCUAGCAGUUCGAAAGCACGUCAAAGUGCAAGUAGAUAAGCAGAUAAGACAUCUGGCGGAAAGGUAAACGGCGUUUCCGUGCGUUGCUCUGGGAUUUCAGGCAGGAUUCGAUCCCAGCCCCGAACCUGGGCCCUUCUGCACACAGAGCAGGUGUUCUCGCCCUGAGCCACGGCUCCUCCUCAAACCUUUGGAAACCAGGGUCUUCACACCGACACAGGAUUUCAGGCAGGACAUUCCCAGACCUACCUGGACAUGCCAAGGAUUGGGACCGCCUGCUUUAGUUGCAAUUCCUACAAGGACACAGGUUGGACUAUCAAUGACCCCUGGUGGCUCCUUCGAGCCAUAUGAUUCUGUGCCCACUCGCUGGAUCAUCACCUAGUCGUGGAGAACGGGCCUGCACGUUCCUAUGACCCUUGUGAGUGAAGAAGAAGCAAAGAUCACCAGUGUUGAAGCAAUGAUUCUUCAACAUCAACUUUGUUGGACUCGUCAUGUGGUUUGUAUGCCUGAUUAUCGUCUUCCAAAGCAACUACUCUAUUCCGAAUUUUAAAAUGGAAAGCAUAAUCCUGGUGAUCAACAAAAGAGGAUCAAAGACUCUCUCAAGGCAAAUCUAAAAAAAUGUAGUAUAAACACUGACAACUGGGAAACACUGGCCUGCGAGCGCUCCAGUUGGAGAACAGCCUUUACCAAAGGUGUCGUGGUCUUUGAAGACACUCGAACUCAGGACAAAAGGGAGAAACUUGCUAAGAGGAAGGCAUGCUUGGCAAAUCCACACCAUAAUCAACUCCCACCCAGAAACCAAUGUCACCGCUGUGGAAGGACGUGUGGGUCCAGAAUUGGCCUCCACAGUUACUUACGGACUCAUUGUUAAAACCGUGUUUUAACUCGGCUACGAGCGAUCACCAAAGAAUAUGUUGAUUCUGUGAUUUAAGCAUCUCACGGCUUGCAAGACAGCAGGUUCAUCCCCACCCGGGUCCAAACCCCAAUUGCUGCUUUUAGCUGAGCCCUCUGUAUGCAUUUCUGGCAGCUGAGGCUAGUUUUGGUUCCAAUCCAGGCAGCUUCAUGUGACUUGCGUUCAAGGUGCUUGGAGGAGUCAGCUGACACAUAGUAUGCACUAGCCUAAAGAGGGAGCCACUUCUCUGUUUUGCCUGGCCACUGCACAGCCCACAAAAAAUACAUAGAAUCGUGGUUGGAAGGGGCUCCUAGUUCACACACCACCCCCCCAGAAACGCAGGAAUCGGAGCUCAAGUAUCCCUGAAAGAUGGACACCCAAUGUCUGCUUUAAAAGCCCAGUACUUUGUUCCAACACUGAACACCUCUUAUCGCCAGAAAGUUCCUCCUAAGGUUUAGUCAGAAUCUCCUUUCUUGCAACUUGGUUUGGGUCUUCCCCUCCAGAGUAGCAGAAAAGAAGCUUGCUCUCUCUUCCUUGUGACAGCUCUUCAGAUAUCUGAAGAGUGGUGGUACAGUGGUACCUUGGUUCUCAAAUGCCUUGGUACUCAAACAGCUUGGAACCCGAACACUGCAAACCCGGAAGUAAGUGUUCCGGUUUGUGAACUUUUCUCGCAAGCUAAACGUGCUCCAUUUUGAGUGUUACGCUUCCAAUUUGAGUGCCACACUUCUGUUUUGAGUAUUACGCUGAGGUCUGUCUGUUUUUGCUAGUUAUUUUGCGUUUUUGUUUUUGAGACUGUGUGGAACCCAGUUCAGCUACUGAUUGAUUGGUUGUGUGACUGCACUACAUUGCUUAUUGCUUUCAUUUUAUGGAUCAGUGGUCUCGUUAGAUAGUAAAAUUCAUGUUAAAUUGCUGUUUUAGGGGUUGCUUUUAAAAGUUUGGAGCGGAUUAAUCCAUUUUGCAUUAUUUUGUAUGGGAAAGCGCGCCUUGGUUUUGGAACGCUUUGAUUUUGGAACGGACUUCCGGAACGGAUUAAGUUUGAGAACCAAGGUACCACUAUAUUGGAAUGAUUUACAGGCUAGCCUUGCGUGAUCUCAGAAGAAUCUGAUGGAAUCCAGUUCAGCCUCUGAUCUAAAGCACUGCCUUCUUCCUUGCAAACAAACUUUGCACCACUUUAGAAAGAGCCCACAAGCUGAAACUGCCACCCCCCCUUUAUUGCAGCUCAAAGGGGUGUCAUUUAGCACAGGGUGUAAAAACGCAACGCAGAGCCCUGUGUGCAAUUAACUAGCUUCCCUAACGAACGCAGGGCUUGCCCCCACUGCUGCAUCUCCCCAUCCAAUUUAGAAGGGAGCGCCGAUAUGCUCAUUUGCAUUUAAAGAGCCCAUUUGCCUGAAUUGGAACUCUGAGUCCAGGAGCGUGUUUCUAAUUGGGAAAAUAAUUGCCCCCCUUGCAGCAGACUCUCCAUGUACUUAGCUGUUCUCGAAAUGUGCUUAUUUCUCUGGUCCCGUUAAGCCAAGAAGUCAUACAAUGAGGUGGCGGUUCUUAUCGGUGAUGGUGGGGGUUGCAUUGAACAGUAAAAGUCAGCCCCGUCAGAGGGAGCCCAUUGGGCUUAUGAAUGGGCACUACCUAGGGGUGGGCUGUACCCCCUGUGUUUACAUUCCCAGUGGGAAGAUUUUGGUUUGCUUGAGAAAUUCUUGACGCCCGUGGAAAAAUACCUAUUCGUCCCAGUUUUGUAUUUCUUUGACCGAAUCAAAAAGUUGCUUGAGCAGAUCCAUUUCCACCAGGAAAAUACACUACAAAACUUCUCUCGAAACCCCUGCUGUUAAUGCCUUAAACAUUAGAGAGAACUUUCUGACAGUCUUCUUCUUCUUUGGCAAUCCCUCGUAGCCAAGUAAGAUGGUAUUCCAUGUACAUGCUCUUAACUGUGAUGGUGGAGGCCAAUUCUGGAUCCACACGUCCUUCCACAGUGGGGACUUAGGUUUCCAGGUGGGAGUAAGCUCCUAUUGCUCUGUCCCAACUCCUGCCUACCUAGCAGUUCGAAAGCACGCUAGUGCAAGUAGAUAAAUAGGUACCACUGCGGCGGGAAAUUAAACGGCGUUUCCAUGCGCUCUGGUUUCCGUCACAGUGUUCUGUUGCGCCAGAAGCGGAUCAGUCCUGCUGGCCACAUGACCCAGAAAGCUGUCUGCGGACAAACGCCGGCUCCCUCGGCCUGAAAGCGAGAUGAGCGCCGCAACCCCAUAGUCACCUUUGACUGGACUUUACCAUCCAGGGGCCCUUUACCUUUACCUACCUGAUCACAGUGAGGGUUUGCCAAGUGUGCCUUCCUCUUAGCACAUUUCUUCCUUUUGUCCUGAGUUUGAGCGUCUUCAAAGUCCAUGACACCUUUGGUAAAGGCUGUUCUCCAACUGGAGCGCUCGUAGGCCAGUGUUUCCCAAUUGUCGGUGUUUAUACUACUUUUUUAAAGAUUUGCCUUCAGAGUCUUUAAACUUCUUUUGUUGACCACCAGCAUUACGCUUCCCAUUUUGUGAUUCCUGACUUGCAGGGGGUCAGACUGGAUUGCCCCCUGGGGUCCCUCCCAGCCUUACGAUUCUAUGAUUCCAUGAGUCAGACCAAUUUUCUGACCAGCUCAGUGGUUCCCAAGCCCGCUCAGUGACUCAAGCCGUUCAGAUGUGGGUCGCGAUACUCUCCCUGCCCAUCCUUCAGUGCCAGACAAGCCGCCCGCCGCCAUCGUCCCCCUUGCCUGGCAAGCGCCUCUGCCCUUUCCGCUGUGUCCUUGGGAAAUUAACUUCUACGGGUUUAUGAAAGCCGCUCAUCUAGGCAAAGGCACCUCCCUGCUUUAUUCCUUAAACGUUUUCAAGCGCCCCUCGAGACUCAUUACAGUCCCUGUAGCAGCAAAAUGGCUUUAAUGAUGUCUGUGAUGAAAGGCUUUUUAAUAAAAAAUUUAAAAGCCUCCGCUCGGCACACCCCACCCCCGAAAAGGAAAGGAGGGGGGAGGACAGAUCACACUUGCCCAUCUACCGCAGGCCGGAUCCUCUGCUGUUCCCGCGUUCCUUCCAGGCCACAGAAUACAGAGGUUCCAGUUUGCCUUCGCUGGACCUCUCUCUCCUUCUUCCUCUUAAUGGCAGACCCCAACACAGCGCUGCUCGGAAACAUACUGGGAAGCCAGCAUAGAAUAAUUAGCAACUCAUCAGCGAAACAACUGCAAUUCAUAAGACUCCUUUAACAAAGCGACAGCUGAGAAAUUAAAUUAAAGCAAAAGUCUUUUUUUUAAAUUGCUUUAUUGAUUGUUAAAAAAGAGAAAAAAGUCAAGGGAAAAAAAAUCAAAGGAUAAUACAAAUUACAAAAAAGUUAAUUUCUUACAACACAAGUUCUACUAUGACUUCCAGUCACCCCAUCAAGGGUCUUUUGAGUAGCGCACUUUUCAUUGUCACUCCAUACUUCUCCCAAAUUUAUAUUUUAAUAAGGUUUUCUACAUUCAUACAGGGGUCAGUCUAAGCCUGCCAGAGAAUUCACAUUUUUACAAUGCCCUUUAAGAUACUUUCUGUAAACGUCCCACUCUCUAAAAAAUGUUUCUUCUGUAUUAUCUCUUAAUUUUUCCCGUCAUCCUUGCUCAUUCUGUGUAUUCUAAUAUAUGACCUCAGGGUGCAGGGAAAGAAAGAAAGAAAGAAAGAAAGAGGUGGCAGUUGUGCAAAUAAUCCCUUUUCGGAGGCUUCCAGGGUCCCUGCAUGCUUUAAAAGUUGCAUUCUGUGGGAGGAGUGUUUUGCGUCCUUCUGGUUUUCGGGAAAAUAAAAUUGCCUGAUUGCACUUGAAGUGGCUAAAUUUGCUCCUGUGUGUCUGUGUGUCUGUGUAUAAAGUGGCUCCAUCUUUCUUUCACCAGCUUGCAGAUUCACUGGUGCCCACUGAGAUGAAGCCGGGGAUCUCCUUGGCGACCGUUACAGCUGUUUUGCACACAAAAGACAACAAACAUGUGCUUCAGGUGGGGUGUGAAUACUGGGGUGCUGGCAGGGGAAGGGUUUCGGUGAAAGCCGCUCCCUGUGACUCUGAUCCCUGGGGUUUCCCAGUUAGUUAACCAGCAGUUGUGCUCACCAAAUCCCAGCAAAACCCCUGGGACAAAACGUUUCUCUUUUGUGUGUGUGCUGGGGUUCGCAAGAGAAGCUGAACCCCUUAAUCAAAAUCAAUUCCGUUUUGGAACAAACAGCAGGCAGCCGAGAAGGAUCCUGGGGCUCAAACCUAUUAAUUUUUAUUGCUGUUUAUUUGACUUGUGUUUCUGUGCACGCACACACACGAUAAACAGCUCAGAACUAAGGUAAGCUGAAAGUACCCCUCACCCCCUAAAAUAUCUCCACAAUUUAGAAUUUAUUAUUUAUACCCCGCCCAUCUGGCCGGGUUUCCCCAGCCACUCUGGGCAGCUUCCAACAGAGUAUUAAAAUACAGUGGUCUCUUAAACAUUAAAAGCUUCCCUAAACAGGGCUGCCUUCAGAUGUCUUCUAAAAGUUUGGUAGUUGUUUAUUUCUUUGACAUCUGGUGGGAGGGCGUUCCACAGGGAGGGCACCACUACCGAGAAGGCCCUCUGUCUGGUUCCCUGUAACUUGGCUUCUUGCAGUGAGGGAACCGCCAGAAGGCCCUCAGCGCUGGACCGCAGUGUCCAGGCAGAACGAUGGGGGUGGAAACGCUCCUUCAGGGAUACUGGACCGAGGCUGUUUAGGGCACAAUUAAAGCAACAGCUAAUUAAUGCAUAAUUAAAUGCACAAUUAAAGCAACAACAUGGUUUUAAAGUGGGAGAAGGCAAUCCUUUUUUAUGCAUCAGACUUCCCCAACCUGGUGCUCUCCAUGUGCUUCAACCAUCUCUGAACAGUUUGCAGAAAUAAAAACAUAAAACCGAACAUCCGUCUCCUUUUGCGUCGACAGCUCCCCCCAAAGCCUCCUCAGCCUCAAGGGGGCAAGAAGAGGAAGCGGGUGGCAGACGAAGUUCCGGAGCUGAAACCCGUCAAGCCUUUGCUGAGCGGCUCCAUCCCCAUGGACCAGCUGGUGCAGACCCUGGAGAAGGUAAGCAGCGGCUGCCUUCACGGCCAGAGCACCGGGGAGGCGGUUGGCACCCGUCCGCCUUGAGAGACAAUGGAGUGUGCCUCCGGGGGUGAGAGACAAUGGAGUGCGCCUCCAGGGGUGAGAGACAAUGGAGUGCGCCUCCGGGGGUGAGAGACAAUGGAGUGCGCCUCCGGGGGUGAGAGACAAUGGAGUGCGCCUCCAGGGGUGAGAGGAAAUGGAGUGCACCUCCGGGGAUAAGAGACAAUGGAGUGCGCCUCCGGGGGUGAGAGACAAUGGAGUGCGCCUCCAGGGGUGAAGUCAAACCACUGUGCCAGCAGCACCGAAGGGACCUCCCUGGGGUGCCAGCCUGGUGGGCAGUGUGUCUGGAGGUCCUGGGCUGCUCGGACAACAAGACCCCCCUCUCGGCCUCACUGAUGUGGGCCAGAGGAAAGCAGAGCAGUGUGUUUGACACCAGCUUGGUGGCAGGAGUUGCAGGAAGGAGGCAUACAAGGCUAAAAGCAGGGGUAUAGCUGUCCCCAUCUGCAAGUUUCCAUCAGGAGGAGCAUAGGAAGAGGACGAUGUCCUUCAGUUUGUUAAGAUAAAACGUAUUGGGGAAAGAAACUACUUUUGCCAUUUUUAUGGAUGUUUAUUUUUCAUUUUUUUAGGCUUGGUGAUAUUAUCUUGUGUUGAUUGCAGCAGUCAUUGUAUCACUGUUCAUUGUUUCAUAAAUAUACCGUAUUUUUUGCUCUAUAAGACUCACUUUUUCCCUCCUAAAAAGUAAGGGGAAAUGUGUGUGCGUCUUAUGGAGCGAAUGCAGGCUGCACAGCUAUCCCGAGCCAGAACAAGAGGGCUUUUCACUGCGUAGCGUCCCUCUUGCUGUUCUGGCUUUUUAAGAUGCUGUCUAGGUUUGUCAUUGCUUUUCUCCCAAGAAGCAGGCGUCUUUUAAUUUUGUGGCUGCUGCCCCAUCUGCAGUGAUCAUGGAGCCAAGAAAGUAAAAUCUCUUACUGCUCCAUUUCUUCCCUUCUAUUUGCCAGGAGGUGAUGGGACCAGUGGCCAUGAUCUUCGUUUUUGAUGUUGAGCUCAGACCAUAUUUUGCGCUCUCCUCUUUCACCCUCAUUAAAGGUUCUUAAUUCCUCACUUUCUGCCAUCAAGGUUGUGUCAUCUGCAUAUCUGAGGUUGUUGAUAUUUCUUCUGGCAAUCUUAAUUCCUGGCAUAUAGCAAAAAGAAACUACUUUUGCCAUUUUUAUGGACGUUUAGUCGUCUUUUUUUUAGGCUUGGUGAUAUUAUCUUGUGUUGAUUGCAGCAGUCAUUGUAUCACCACCCUGUUCAUUGUUUUAUAAAUAUAAUUCAGGCAAGGGGCGGCCGACCCCUGUACACCUUUGUUCAUGCUGAGUCAUAGAACCGGAGAGUUGGACAGGGACCCAAAGGGACCCAACUCCCUGGAAUGCAAAUCCUCCCAUUUGCCACACUGCCUCUGGUUUGCCAGCUGAACAUCUCCCCCUUCCCUUUUCCCUGUCCCUCUGCAGCACGGCUUCAGCGACGUGAAGGUGGAGGACACCCCGAAAGGCCACAUCGUGCUCUUCCAGGACGUGGAGACCCUCAUCCGCAUCGAGGAGGACUCCACGCACAUCAUGUGCGAAAGCGACGAGGCGCUCCGGGUGAAGCUGCAGGACCUGGUCCUCAAAUUCCUGCAGAAGUUCUGAGGCCUCGGCCUGCCUCGGAGUCCGGCCGCCGUCCCCCCACAGCAGGGUCAGAAAAAGGAAGCGGCUGCUGACCCAAGGGGAAAGCAGAGAGGCUCAUUUUAGAGUGGCAACAAAUUGCACAGUUCUCCAGAGUGUGGUUGCCGGGGCUGCCGUGCCAUUUUAAAAACCAGGAAUAAUUAAACAGGCACAAUUUUUCCACUAUCGUGACACAACGAUGGAGGCAGCUGUCCCAUAUACCCCCACCCCAAAUGCCAACAUCACUGGGGCAUUUUGUAGAAUUCCAGCAGGCUGCAUGGUCCCUGGUAGAAGUCGAGGCAGGGGAGGAGACACAACGUUUUGUAAACAAACAAACUGAUAGUGCUCAUGAAUUGCGUUUCCUGUUCCAUUCUCUGGAAUGUUUAACAUAACUCUUUUGGACUACACCUCCCAUCAGCCCCAGCCAGCAUGGGGGAGUUGUUUACCAAAAUACCUAGCAGGUACCAGCUUGGCAAAAGUUGAAUUAAAGCAUUUUCUCUCCCCACCCCACCCCCCUAUUUUGGAAGGGACCAGCCCCUAUUAUUUUUAAAUGAAGUAUUUUGCUUUAUGUUUGUGACGACGCGUUUUCGCCGCCUGUCAGUUCUCCUUUGUGUUGUAAUACUGAUUGUUUACUCAAAGAAAUGCUUUUUUUUCCUAAAAUAAAACCGAGAGACCCGGUCAUAGUUUAUCCCUUUUUUAUUAAAAGAAAGCACCACUUAUUGUUGUGGGCUUCCAAGACUGCAUUGGGCAUCAAUAAAGGCUUUUCUUAAGGAGUGUGGUCAGAUAACCAGCUCUCUGGU